AUGCAUAUAACCAACUUGCCACUCGUGGUUUGGACGCUCAUAGUCUUAACAACACAUGUAGCGACGCAAAGCCAGUAUGGAAUAGGUUUAGGUAUAAAACGAGAAGUAUUUUUCUUAAAUUUAGAAGACGGUUACUUUGGCUGUCAAGUAAACGAAUCAACACAAAUAUUACAAUUAUAUGAACUAUCAAAAUUGUGCGAUGGAGUUCCAGAUUGCUACAAAGCAUCCGAUGAACUGAGGACAGAGCUUAAAUGCACAGAUGACUGUACCAAAGAAGAUGGGGCACGUUGUGUGAAUGGUGCCUGUCUAAACGGUGUAUGCCAUUGUAACGAUGGCUUCGGCGGCUGUAAUUGUCAGGAACCUGAUAUAAAUGAAUGUAAGGACAGACCCUGUGAUGUUUUUGCGCAUUGUACAAAUACCGUGGGUAGCUUUCAGUGCUCUUGUUUCCCAGGCUACGAAGGCGAUGGAUUCACUUGCAGAGAUAUAAAUGAAUGUGAAGAUCCAUCGAUAUCAUCAAAAUGCGUUGAAAAUGCUGAAUGUUGUAAUCUACCAGCACACUUCAUCUGCAAGUGUAACCGAGGUUUCGAGGGUGACGGUGAAGAGGAAUGCCGAGAUAUCGACGAAUGUCGACGACCUGGAGCCUGUGGCGCUAACACAGUAUGUCAAAACUACCCCGGAAACUAUACGUGCGCUUGUCAAGCAGGUUACACUGGAAAUCCAUUUGACGGAUGCGUGGACGUGGACGAGUGUGAGAACAGUGAAGCGUGCGGAACAGGUGCCAUUUGCCGGAACGUAGCUGGCGGUUAUGAAUGCAUCUGUCCACCAGGAUAUGAGGGCGAUCCCCGAAACAGCUGCCAUGAUCUCGAUGAGUGCGCACGCAGUACCUGCGGUCGCGAUGCUCUUUGCGAAAAUCUUCCCGGUACUCAUCGAUGUGUAUGUCCACCAGGUUUCGAAGGCAAUCCGGAAAUCGAAUGCAUUGACGUGGAUGAAUGUAGGAGUAACGAGAAAGUAUGCGGCGCGCACGCUGUAUGCACAAACACUAUCGGCAGCUUCGUUUGUACAUGUGAACCUGAAUAUUCGGGCGAUGCGCGUUCACCCGACGGUUGCAGUGAUCUGGAUGAAUGCACAGUCCUCGAGCAUCCUUGUGGCUUACAUGCAAUUUGCGAAAAUACUUCACCUGGCUACAACUGCAUAUGUCCACAAGGGUAUAGAGCAAAACCGGAUGCAAAAGUUGCUUGUGAACAGGUGGAUGUGAAUAUACUAUGUAAAUCUAAUUUUGAUUGCACUAACAAUGCGGAAUGUAUUGAAAAUCAAUGUUUUUGUAAAGAAGGAUUUAAUGCCAAGGGUGCCGUAUGCCAUGACGUCGAUGAAUGCACUAACACAUCAAUUUGUGGAGAAAAUGGUUUAUGUAUUAAUACUCUCGGUGGAUAUCAAUGCGAGUGUGCAAAUGGUUUUGUAGGAUCACCACCUAAAGUAGCCUGCCGUGCACCAUGUGAAGAUGUUAAAUGUGGAGAGCACUCAUACUGCAAACCCAAUGGUGUUGAAGCAUAUUGUGUAUGUGAAGAAGGUUGGACGUAUGUUCCGACUGAUAUAGCUGCUGGUUGUGUGGACAUUGAUGAAUGCGACACAUCUAUAGGACCAGUAGGGCGUUGCGGAAUAAAUGCGCGCUGUUCAAAUACGUUAGGCAGUUUUACGUGUCAGUGUCCUGAUGGAUACUCUGGAGAUGCUUAUACAGGAUGUUUCGAUGUUGAUGAAUGUCAAGUAGAGGAUGCGUGUGGAAUAAACGCCGAAUGUGUAAAUAAAGAAGGAUCCUACGAUUGUGAAUGCCCUGAUGGUACCACUCCUGAUCCAGAUCCUCGAGUACGAUGUUCAGAAAUUCUAACAUGUAAAAAUGAUAAUGAUUGUCCUGGGAAUUCUAUUUGCGAUUCAAACUCCAGAUGUCUUUGCCCUGAACCAAAUAUUGGAAAUGAUUGCCGGCACCCUUGUGAAACUUUAAGAUGUGGUAGUAAUUCUGAAUGUUUAUUGAGUGACCAAAUUGCUCAAUGUAUUUGUCGAAAUGGAUUUACGGGACAACCGUCAUCGCGUAAUGGGUGUCAAGAUAUCAACGAAUGUGAAGGCAGUCCUUGUGCCUUGGGAGCAGUUUGCAAAAAUCUGCCCGGCCAUUUCCAAUGUGAAUGUCCUGGGAGUUUCAGCGGUGACCCUUACGUUGAUGGAUGCAUUUCAAGUAAACAUCCAAGUGAAUGUAGUAAUACGAAUCCAUGUCCACAAGGCGAACAAUGCGUUGGUCAUGAUGGAGAAAAUGUUUGCAUUUGUUCCCAAGGUUUUACACGCAACAAAGAAACUGGAUUAUGUGAAGACAUCAAUGAAUGUACUUUGUACGGACGUUCUCCUUGUGGAUUUAAUGCCAUUUGCAAAAACCUGCCUGGAAGUUAUGAGUGUAAGUGUCCCACAGAAUUUAGUGGGAAUCCGUAUACGCUUUGUGAACUGUGUAGUGAUGUCAGCUGUCAAUGUCACCCACCAUAUAAAGUGGUUGAUGGAAACUGUGUUUUAUCUGAUUGUGCAAAGGGAAAUAAAUGCGGAGAGGGCGCUGAAUGCAUUAUUAUCUCAGAGAAUGUCAGUUAUUGUGCCUGCCCAUCUGGAUUCUCUCAAUCAGGCGAAGGCGCUUGCGAAGAUAUAAAUGAAUGCUUAUCAGGACAACCUGUUUGUGGUUUUGGAGCCGAAUGUAUAAACACUGCUGGAUCGUACACGUGUAAGUGUCCAUCUGGUUAUAGUCAAGAUUCAAUUUCAGGCCAUUGUACUUUGAAUCAAAAGCGAUGUAUAAGCGAUUCUGAUUGUUUUCCAAAUGAGAAAUGUAUACAACCAGGUAAAUGCGUUUGUCCACCACCAUUUUACAUAGACAUCGAAGAUGGACAGAAAUGCAAAAGUCCAUGUGAAAGAUUUGUUUGUGGUAUUAACGCUAAAUGUACGCCUAGCGAUCCACCAAGAUGUAUGUGUAUGACGGGAUAUGAAGGUGAUCCUUAUAUUGGUUGUACUAAUAGGAACGAAUGCCACAGUUCUCCAUGUGCCUACGGCGCUAUUUGUCAUGAUCAAAAAGGAGGAUAUCAAUGUGUUUGCCCCCAAAACAUGGUCGGAGACCCAUACAAAACUGGAUGUUCAUUUGGUAUAGGACCAUCACAAAAACAGUUAUGUAGUUCAGAUAACGAGUGUCCCAAUAAUCUUGCUUGCUUUAACCGUACUUGCAUCUCUCCAUGCGCCAGUGUAACGUGUGGACCGAAUGCUUUCUGUGAAGUUGAAAAUCACGCUGCCUGGUGUCGUUGUAAUCCUGGAUACACUAAACCCGAGGGUGGAAAAUGCGUUUCAGGUUGUGAUAAAUAUUCCUGUGCUACGGGUGCUCAAUGUAUAAUAUCGAAAAAUGGUCCUACAUGUAUUUGUCCAGAGGGUAUGGUCGGAAAUCCUUUUCCUGGUGGUGGUUGCAGGAGAGAUAUUUGUGGACCUGGAGUGCCCUGUGAGGACCCCCUUACAUGUUUAGCAGGUAGAUGUCGACAACGUUGUGAAAAUGUUGUAUGCGGCAUAGGUGCAUCAUGUGACGAAGAUAGUGGUCUAUGUGUUUGUAAUGCAUUCUUUGUCGGAAAUCCAGAGUUGUUAUGUAUGCCACCUGUUGCUCCUCCAGCUUGCGAACCAGGUUGUGGUGAAAAUGCCCAUUGUGUUUACGGUCAAACUAAUAUUUGCAAAUGUGAUAAAGGAUAUACAGGAAAUCCCUAUUCAAAAUGCUUAAUGAGAAAAGAAAUAACCUGUGCAAAAACUUCUUGUGGAAUAGAUGCCGUAUGUCAGCAGACUAAAUCACAUAUAGAAUGCCUGUGCCCACCUGGCUACAUUGGCAAUCCAAAUUUGCAAUGUAUUGAUAUUGAUGAAUGCUCUUCUAAACCUUGUGCUGAAAAUGCUUUCUGCAUAAAUACUCCGGGAAGCUUCAGUUGCAUUUGCAAAAGUCAAUACUUUGGAAAUCCAUACGAAUUAUGUACACAAGUUUCAAAUUCUAAGUGUACUGACGGUUCCGUUUGUACUUGUUCUCAAAAUAAUACCUGCCCAGACGGGUACUACUGUGAAAAGUCUCUAUGUGUGGAUUCAUGUCGCACAAUGUUGUGUGGGAAGAAUGCUAUUUGUGAAGAUGGACAAUGCGUUUGUCUGCCCGGAUAUAAUGGAAAUCCCAACGACUUGCAAGAAGGCUGUAAUUUUGACAGUAAAUGUGUAACAGAUAGUGAUUGUAAAGAUACUGAAAUUUGCCUUCAAAUUAGUAAAAACGUGCGUAAAUGUGUUGAUUCAUGUAGUAAAUUACAAUGCGGACCAAAUUCGUUAUGUGUAAGUACCAAUCAUCAAGCUCAAUGCAUUUGUACUGAAGGCUACGUUGGAAAACCAAAUGAUGUUAAAUAUGGAUGUCAUUUAAAACAAGCACCAAAUGAAGUCGAAUGCAAUUUAAACAGUGAUUGCACUGAACCACAGCUAUGUGUAGCGGUAGAUGGUACCAUGAAAUGUCUUGAUUUAUGCUCUACUGUAGCUUGCAGCGCUGAUGAAGUAUGUAACGUAAUAAAUAACAGCGCUCGUUGUGAUUGUAAAGAAGGUUUUCUGUGGAAUCCCGUUAGUUCUAGCUGCGAACAACCUACAACUCCUAAUUGCCAGAAAGAUAGUGAUUGCGAUGACAAUAAAUCUUGUGAAAGGGACGUUCUUGGAGUCAAAAAAUGUGUAGACAAUUGCUUGAUAUUUACAUGUCCUCAAAAUUCAAAAUGUGUUACUAGAAACCAUAAAACAGAAUGUCAAUGUUUAGAUGGUUAUACAGGAAAUCCAAAUGACCGUCACGGCUGUAUAGAACUAAAUAAAAACGAGUGUUCUGAUGAUGCGCAAUGUAGAGAAAGUGAAAUGUGCAAAUAUAUUGGUAAUAUCAAAAAAUGUGUUGAUGCUUGUCAUCAAAUGAUAUGUGGCCCGAAUGCAAUAUGUGUUAAAAAUAAUCACAUAGCAAAAUGUCAGUGCCCGUCGGGCCCUUUUACUGGUAACCCUAAUGAUUUAGAACAAGGCUGUCAAUCAGUUCCUUGUAUCUAUAACGCUGAUUGCUUAUCACAUGAACUAUGUAAUCGCAUGACACACACAUGUGUCAAUGCAUGCACUAAUGAUUCCUGUGGCGAAAAUGCUGUUUGUAUAGCCGAAAAUCACAGAGUAAGUUGCCUGUGUCCUAAUGGAUAUAAACCAGAUCCUAUACCUGAGGUUAAUUGUAGAAAAAUAGAAUUAUGUAACCCUAAUCCUUGCCACCCAACGGCAAUUUGUGAAUCACGACUUUCAACGUAUACGUGUAAAUGUCCUGUUGGUUACUUCGGAGAUCCGAUGAAAACAGGGUGCACGAAAUUAAAUGAAUGUAAUAAUGGUGAUCAAGAUUGCCCUCCUGAAGCGGCUUGCAUAAAUCAACUUUGCGUCAAUCCAUGCGAAGGAGCUUGCGGAAUAAAUUCAUUAUGUAAAAUUGUUAACAGAAAAGCGAUAUGUACUUGUCCCGAUGGUUACGAAAAGUCAAAAACUGAUAACAAUUGUAAGAAAAAGAUAUUGGCUUGUGCAAAUAAAAAUGAUUGUGACGGUGAUACCUGCUUUAAUGGACAAUGCUUUGCUGCAUGCAGUAAUUCCAGUCAUUGUAAUACAGAUGAAGCAUGUGUCCGAAAUUUAUGCAUAACGCAAUGUACCAAACACACGCAAUGUGGAAUUGGACAAGCCUGUGUGGGAGGGCAAUGUUUACUUGGGUGUAAGAAUAAUGAGGACUGCAUUAGUGAUGAAACAUGUAUAAAUAAUAAAUGUGUAAAUCCUUGCCUUGUUACAAGAGCUUGUGGUCCAAAUGCUAUUUGUUCUAGAAUAAAUCAUGUUGUGCAGUGCGAAUGUCCACUUGGCUUUGAAGGUACACCAACACCACAACAAGGAUGCGUAAGAAGACCUUCUACUUGUUCUCGGACAUCAGACUGUCCUCCGGAUCAUAUGUGUAUCGGCCGUUUAUGUCAACUUCCAUGUCAAGAUAACUCGGGAUGCGCUAUCGGAGAAAAAUGUAGCGAUAACAUUUGUCACAAAAUAUGUCAUUCCAGUAGCAAUUGCUUACACGGCGAACAUUGCAAUUCUGGCAUUUGUAUACCAGGUUGUAAGACCGACUUAGAUUGUCUCAAUAAUCAAGUGUGCCAAACAAAACAAUGUUCAUGUAUAACAGGAUUUAAACUUAUUAACAAUGAAUGUAUUAACAUAAAUGAAUGUAUUAAUAAUCCGUGCCAUCCAUCAGCACAAUGUGUUGAGUCCCAAGGUUCAUUUAAAUGUAUUUGUCCAAUCGGAGCCAUAGGCGAUCCUUAUCAGACGGGUUGUUUGUUAUCAAACCAAUGCAGACGUGAUUCACAAUGUGAAGAUUCACUUGCUUGUAUAAAAGGAAAGUGCUCAAAUCCUUGCUCAACAAUUGCUUGUGGAACUAAUGCAAUUUGCUCUGUAAGUAAGCAUCGAAUGACAUGUGCUUGUGAAAAAGGACAUUUAGGAAAUCCUUUUGAUAAAGAGAUUGGAUGUUUUAAAGUCGAAUGUGUAGGUGAUUUUGAAUGUCCUACAGAUAAAAGGUGUAACACCAAAAACAAUAAAUGUACUGAUCAAUGCGACGAACUAGCAUGUAUAGGCGGCUCUUGUAAAAUUGAAGAUCAUAGAGAAUUGUGUAUAUGUCAAACAGGAUUUGUAUUAGUAAACAAUGCAUGUGAAGAUAUUAAUGAAUGUAAAAGUAAUCCAUGCCCAGUGAAUGCAGCUUGUGAAAAUAAUCCAGGAUCUUACAUAUGCAAUUGUAUAAAUGGCACGGUAUUAGAUGUUGUUAAUGGUAAUUGUAAGAUACCUGGAGAGUGUGCUUCGGACGAUGAGUGUUCCGAAAAAACUAAAUGCAGAAAUGGACACUGUGAAAAUCCAUGUAACGAAUUACCAUGCGGUGAAAAUGCUAUAUGUGGAAUCGUUAAACAUGAACCAGUCUGUGAAUGUCCGUCGAAUAGUCAAGGCGACCCUUAUAAAAAAUGCACUAAGUUUGAGUGUACUAAAGAUUCAGAUUGUCCAUUUGAAGAAGCUUGCGUUAAUUACAAAUGUAAAGAUUCUUGUAGCAUUCCACGCGCAUGUGGUAGAAAUGCCGAUUGUUAUUCAAAAAAUCACAUAGGCCACUGCACUUGUUCACCAGGAUACACCGGCGAUCCCGUUCUAGGUUGUGUUCCAAUUCAAUUUUGUUCAGACGAUAAUAAAUGUUCUUCUGGUACAAGAUGUGUGGAUAAUUUAUGCGUUGGUAUAUGUAAAAAUUCAAGGGAUUGCUUGGAGAACCAAGUGUGUAUACAAAACACAUGUCGAGUAACGUGUUCAGAAAACAGUACCUGUCCUGAGUCUCAAUUCUGCUUAAAUAGGAUUUGCACGAAAGACGUCCAGUGUUUUUCUAAUGACAAUUGUAAUGAAGACGAGCAGUGCGUUAUUAAUACGGAUGGAAUUGCUCAGUGUAUUAAAAUAUGCGAAAAUCAUCCAUGUGGGAGAAAUGCUAUAUGCUUAGGAAAGUCUCAUGAACCAACUUGUUCAUGUAAAGAGGGAUUUUUCGGUGAUUCUUUGAAAGGAUGCAAACGUAAAGAAUGUAAUAUCAACUCUGAUUGCACAGAAGAUAAACUAUGUGAUGAUAAUAUGUGUAAAAUUGCGUGUUUAGUACAAAAUAAUUGUGGCGAAAAUACCGUUUGUUCCUCUGAAAAGCAUACUCAUACAUGCUACUGUCAACCUGGAUAUACCGGAGAUCCUGUAAAAGGUUGUGUUAAAAUAAAUUGGUGCGCAUCAAAUCCUUGCGGGUAUGGAGCAGAAUGUAAAAAUACCAGAGACCGAGCACUUUGCACUUGUCCUGUUGGAACAAUUGGAAAUCCAUAUAAAGAGAAAUGUAGCAAAGCUCCAGAGUGUCGCUUUAAUAGGGACUGUCCAACAAUUAGUCGAUGCACUGUAAUUGAUGGUACUCGAAAAUGUACAGAUGCAUGUGAAAGUGUUAAAUGUGGACCUAACGCCGAAUGUGUAGCUGCAAGACAUACAGGUCAAUGUAAAUGCAAAAAUGGCUACAUUGGCAAUGCCAACAGUGAAAAGGGUUGUAGUCUGCGCGAAAUUACAUGUAGGAGUAAAACAGAAUGUCACAGUGAUCAAUAUUGCCAUAAGGGACUUUGCAAGGCCUUAUGUUUGCUUGAUGAAGAAUGUGGAACAAGUGAAAAAUGUAUCAAUGGGCAAUGCUUAAAUCCCUGUGAAAUGGAAAAGGCAUGUGGUUUAAAUUCCGUUUGUCGGACUGAGAAUCAUAUUGUGCAAUGCAGUUGCCCCAAUAGUUUUACCGGAAAUCAAGACAUUGAAUGUGUUCGAAUUCCGAGAUUGUGCGGUGCUGCCGAGGAAUGUGAUAAUGGAUACCAAUGUCAUAACUCUAUGUGUGUACCUCAAUGUCAAGCCGAUGAACAGUGUGCUAUAAAUGAAAAAUGUUCGAAAGGAGUUUGUUUAUUGACUUGUCGCGUGGAUAAUGACUGCUUUUUGGGGCAUAUAUGCUUAGCAAAUAGUUGUCAAUAUGGAUGCAGACAUGACGAGGAUUGUGGUCCCGAGGAAAUAUGCAAGAACAACUAUUGCCAAAAUCCUUGUUCAAACAACAACAAUCCUUGUGGUCCAAAUGCUGUAUGUUCUGUUAUUGAGAGGAAAUCUUCCUGCUCAUGUUUGGAUGGUCUAAUACCAAAUCCUACGCCCAAUAUUGGCUGCGUACGAACGCUUACUGUUAAUUGUCGUAUGCAUAAAGAUUGUGGUGUUGGUUGGAGAUGCGAAGAUGAUCGUUGCCGACCUGCAUGUACUAUCGAUGGAUCAGAGUGCCUACAAGGUGAACGAUGUGAAUCAGGUGUGUGUCGCUAUGCUUGUACUUCAGAUGAACACUGUUCUGAUGAUGAAAUUUGCGACGGUCGAUUAUGCGUACUAGGAUGUAGGUCUAAUUCCCAAUGUGCUGCAAAUCUUGCUUGCAUAUCAGGACAAUGCGUAAAUCCAUGUGCAGAGCCGGCAACUUGUGGCGCCAAUGCAAUAUGUGUUACCAAAGACCAUCAACCAGUCUGUACAUGCCCUCAAACAUUGUCGGGUGACCCUAAAGCAGUUUGCAGAAGGUUAAGUUUGCCUUGCGAUUCAAAUAAAAACUGUCCUAAUGGAUUUACGUGUUACGGAGAUACGUGUUAUCCCUCAUGCAGAAGCGACGUCGUUUGCUUAUCGAAUGAAAAGUGUAUUCGAGGAAUUUGUAGGGUAGUGUGUAAUAGCGAUAAUGCAUGCAAUGAUGGCCAAAUAUGUGAAAAUAGAAUAUGCAAACAAGGUUGCCGCGAUGAUAACGCUUGCAAUGACGAUCGAGCCUGUUUGGAUGGACAGUGCAAGGAUCCAUGUAAGGAUAGUAGAAGUUGCGGUAUUUGUGCUGAAUGUAAAGUAAUUAAUCAUCAUACCCAAUGUAGUUGUUCAAGUAAUUACACCGGUAAUUCUCUAGUGGAAUGUAAAAAGAAAAGACUACAAUGUGACGGAUUUUGCCCUUGUGAUGACAGUGGUUAUUGUAUUUCACUUUGUGAAAAUAAUUCAGAUUGCUCUUGUGGAGAGAAAUGUUUCAACGGUGGCUGUAGAUCGUUAUGCUCCCCUAGGAGUAAAUGCCCAGAGAGACAGAUAUGCUCACAAGGUGUAUGUGUCCCAGGCUGUAAUAAUGACAAAGAUUGUGGAGAUGAAAUGAUGUGCUCAUUAAAACAGUGUGUGCCAGUCUGCAGAGAAAAUUCAUGUGGAAAGAAUGCUUUAUGUACAGCAACGCGCCAUCGGGCAGUAUGUAGUUGUGCCAGUGGUUACUCAGGAGAUCCUUUGAACGAAUGUAAACAGUACGAAUGUCUUAAAAACGGUGACUGUGGAGAGGAUGAAGAAUGUAACAAAGAAGGGAGAUGCAAGAACGUUUGCUUUGGCAAAUGCGGUGUUAACGCUAUAUGCCGCUCUGUUAACAGAAUUCCACAAUGUGCUUGCCCACCAAAUUAUGUAGGAAAUCCAAAAGUAGAGUGUUCUCAACAACCAACGGGAAGCUGUUUGCGUAAUCCUUGCGGAAUUGAUGCCCGAUGCCGUGAUUUAGAUGACGGCAGCUUUGAGUGCACAUGUCCACCUGGAUGCGCUGGUAAUCCACAGCGACAGUGUUUCUGUGGUACCAUGGCGCCUUGUGCACAUAAAACCUGUGGAAUAAAUGCCCAAUGCCGCGUAGGAUAUAACGGACAACCUCAUUGCUAUUGUCCUCGUAAUUAUCCUCAAGGAGAUCCAAACAUUAAAUGUAAUCAAGAACGUAGUGUAGUUGAUUGUAGAACAACUGGAUGUGGAAUAAACGGAGAAUGUUUGAGAGAGGGAGCAGAAUUUGUUUGUCGUUGUAUUCCUGGUACAGAAGGACAAGCUGAUAUCGAAUGUCAUACCAGUAUCGAAUGCACGAGUGACAAGGAGUGUCCAGUAGACAAAGCGUGUUUGAGCUUACAUUGCGUCGACCCAUGUACAAUACGAGGCGUAUGCGGUGAAGAUGCGCUCUGCGUGUCUGUCAUGCAUCGAGCUCAGUGUUCAUGUCCACAAUGCUAUGUGGGUCAGCCGCGCCUAGCUUGCCACCUCGAUCCUACCUGCAAGCCUACAGUUGAACUAAAUACAACCAUCACCUGUUCCGACACCAAGCCAUGUCCACCCAAACUGGCAUGUGACUUAAACACUAACCAGUGUCGUAAUCCUUGCAUGGAAUAUCAGAAUUGUAGGCCAAAUCAGAGAUGCGAAGUAAGAAACCAUAUACCUGUCUGUGUAUGCCGUAAUGGAUUUGCAUUGAAUGAAAAAGGGGAAUUAACGUGCGCCCCAGAACAUGCAGAAUGCACAAGGGACGAUCAAUGUCCAUCAAAUGCUGUUUGUCGUAAUUCAAAAUGCGUAAAUCCUUGUUUAGCAUCACGUGAGCCUAUGUGUCCCCAAGGAAAGCAAUGUGAAGUAGUAGAGCACCGAGUAAUGUGCGUUUGCGUUGAGGAUUGUCAUCCAACCGUAUCGAUUUGCUUAAGAGACAAUGGAUGUCCGCAAAACUUGGCUUGCGUUGAUUUUCAAUGUAAGGAUCCAUGCAAAGAUGCAUGUGGUGAUGCUCCAUGUUCAGUUGAAGAUCAUCACCCCGUUUGCAAGUUUUGCCCUAGUGGAUUUACUCAUGAUGAAAAGCAUGGCUGCAUUAAAGCUUUAGAAUGUGGUGCACACGAGCAUUGUGCAACAGGACUCGCAUGUGUAAAUGGACGGUGCGCAGAUCCUUGCGCUAAUGGUGGUCCAUGCAUAGCUGGUCAACGCUGUUCUGUUGUCGACCACCAGCCUGUUUGUUCUAAGGUAUGCCAGUGUCAAACCGCCGCUGACUGCUCUCGAUACCCAAAUACGCGUUGUGACGGAUGCGCAUGUGUGGCAGAUGCGCCUGGGACACAUUGCGCUCACUGUCGACCCGGAGUACCCUGUGACCCGUUUUCGGGAGCUUGUAUGGAAAAUGAUCGCCCUAAAAAUGUCCCACUAACAUACUCCGACAUUACUACUAUUGAUUCCGAGUUGGCAGUAUCGACAGUUAAGCCCAUUCAAAACACUGUAGUAACUGACUUUGACUACAAUGCGUUUACUAAUACAGAAAUGACAACUACUGAAAAUCAUAAAAUAACAGACUUUAAAUUUACACAGAAUGACCCCAGUGAAAUAAAAAAUACACUAAAUAAUGCGCAAGAUCACAAAGAAAAUAAAACGGAAUCCUUUUAUAAUUCCUCAAGUACACUAUUAGACUCUAACGAUAAAGAUAAAAAUAUUGAUACAGCGUCUCUUAGUACAACACCUAUGACUUAUCAUUUUACGGAUACACGUUAUGAAACAAGAACAGCAAGUGAAAAUUUAAACCCUGAAAUGUUUGACAACAAAAUGGAACAAGGCUAUUUAAUUACAACUUCAGAAGACAAAAGUUAUACACUGCAAGGUAUAACAAGAUCAGAUGCAACUAUAGAUGAUCUUACUUUAACUACGUCAAGAAGUGAAGCAGUUACAAGAAGUACAUAUAAUUUAGUAGUAGAAGAUACAACAACAGCAAUUCCUUUAUAUACAGAAUUUAAUAAUCAAUUUAGGUCAACAUUAGAUUCUGAUGAACUCGUACAAAGUAGCAGUACAAUUAACUCCGAAAGUACUGUUAAGCCGUUUGCUUCUCGUACCGAAACAAAUGGUACAAUAAAAUAUUCAAAUGAUAACAAACUGUAUAAAAUGCCAGAGAAUCAAAGAAAACUAAACAAUAAUUAUACGCAUAUAACUUCUGUUCCGGAAUUUAUUAGGAAAAAUGAUAUAAUAGAACAAGUAUCAACUACCACUACAACACCAAAUAAAAUUAAAACUAAUAUUGGUAAUGAUUUAUUCGUAAGUACUGAAAAUUCAAAAUUAGAUAAUGAUAUCACAACUAGCGCACUAUUUUUAAAUGUAACUGAAACUAAUAUUGAACUUGACACCAAUUCUCAAGUGACAAUUUACAAAGACUUUACGGAUUUUAAGUCAAUAAAACCUAUAGAAAAUGAACAUUUGGUUACAAAGCCAACUUAUGAAAGUACAUCGACGUUAAUUUUAAAUGAAGGAGAAACGAAUGAUUUAUUAAAAGCUACGAUAACCGGCUCUGAUAAUAUUUUUACUGAAUCGACACUGGUAAACAAUCAAAUAAAAAAUACAUUUACUGAAGCCAUUUUGAAACCAUCAACUGAAAAGUCAUCUCAGACUAUAACUACAGAAAAUACUGUAAGACUCAUUACAACCUCAAAAAGUUUAUACAUAAAAUAUGAAGAUAGCACAGAUUUUCCAGAAAAUUUAGAAACAUCGACUAGGUCUAGAAAUGAUAUGGAGAGUAACAGUCUAAGAAGUAAUAUAUUUACUACUAAUCUUCAAACUCACGGUCAACCAGUUAAAAAUUAUGAUAUUACAACAUUAGAACCCACACCUUUUGAGCCAAAUAUCAUUACAGAAAAGGGUUUAAAAGAAGAUAUUAUUGAAAUAAAUAGCAUGAAAUCGUUUUAUAAACAUACUGAGAGACCAACUCUAACAACAAAUUACUAUGGCGAAUACAAAGAACCUGACGCAAUAACUCAAAAAACAAAUAAAAACUAUAUUACUUUGUCACCAGUUCAAAAUAAUAAGAUAACAAGUCCUGUGGAACCUGGAAAUGACCUGAGUAUUAAUGAUUUAAAUAAGAAUGAUGAAGAAAAACUUGCGAGAUCUACAGAAAGAAUGACAACUUUAUUCCAAACUUAUUCAGUAUACGAUAAAAAUACCGAAUUCAAUACUAAUACCGAAAAUAACAUUUCUACGGAAACUACGCUAACAGUUACUCAUAUUUCUGACAAACCAAUAACAGAAGUAAGUUACGGAUACAGUGGAAAUGUAAAAAAUGAUUACACCUUUGAAACUCAAACGGAGAACUUCGAUGUUGCUUCUACAACCAUACGACAACAUAAAAUCAAAGACAGUACUACGGAAUCCACUGUAAAAUUAACAAAUAUCGAUCUUACUGAAGCCACUCCCUCGCCUUAUACUCAAUUACCAUUCACUAACGAUGUAUCUUCUACUCUCAAUUCUUUUCCAAGUUCAGCGGAAGAACCAAUAACUACCGAAUUUAUUAUUGCUAAAACAAACCCUAAUUUUAUAACCAAAAAUUUGAAUAACGAAAAAGAUAAAACAACUAUAUCUGAAAGUACAACGAUUAACAUUGAACAAACAUCUUUCUCGGAGACUACUAGAUCAGGUAAUAUACCAACUUAUACGCCUAAUCAAGAAGAAACAACAUUGACUUCAACCGAAACACUAUUAGAUGCAGAUUUUAUGAAUCUAAGUUCAACACCUUUUGGAAAAGAACAAAAUUCAAAUGAAAAUAGGAUUAAAAUGUCCACUCAAGCCGCAUCGACUAUUUACGGAACCUCAAUUACGUCGUUCCCUGAUAACAAGGAUAAUGUCGUAGAUUCAAUAAAUAAUGAACAUACAAUGUUGUAUUCCACUGCUAAUCAUGACAUUAUAACAAAUACAGAACCUAAUUCUAACAUCGUAACAAACUCGGUUUCUUUUGGUUCAAGCCUACCUCAAGAUCUCAUAACAGAUUUAACAACUAGUAAUAUAAUGUAUAUAGAAAACACAACCUCUGAAGACACAAUUACACAAAACAAAAAAUUAUAUCUGAAUGAUUCGAAUACACUAACGGAUACUACGUUAACAGUGACUCAUAUUUCUGACGAACCAAUAACAGAAGUAAGUUACGGAUAUAGUGAAAAAGCAAAAAAUAAUUACAACUUUGAAACUCAAACAGAGAACUCCGAUGUUCUUUUUACUACCAUAGAGCAACAUAAAACCAAAGACAGUACUAUGAAAUAUGCUGUAAAAUUAACGACAAAUGAUCUUACUAAAGCCACUCCCUCACCUUAUACUCAAUUAUCAUUCACUGAUGAUAUAUCUUCUACGCUCUAUUCUUUUCCAAGUUCAACGGAAGAACCAAUAACUACCGAAUUUAUUAUUGCUAAAACAAACCCUAAUUUUAUAACCAAAAACCUGAAUAACGAAAAAGAUAAAACAACUAUAUCUGAAAGUACAACAAUUAACAUUGAACAAACAUCUUUCUCGGAGACUACUAGAUCAGGUAAUAUACCAACUUAUACGCCUAAUCAAGAAGAAACAACUUUGACUUCAACCGAAACACCAUUAGAUGCAGAUUUUAUGAAUCUAAGUUCAAAACCUUUUGGAAAAGAACAAAAUUCAAAUGAAAAUAGGAUUAAAAUGUCCACUCAAGCCGCAUCGACUAUUUAUGGAACCUCAAUGACGUCGUUCCCUGAUAACAACGAUAAUGUCCUAGAUUCAAAAAAUAAUGAACAUACAACGUUGUAUUCCACUGCUAAUCAUGACAUUAUAACAAAUACAGAAUCUACUUCUAACAUCGUAACAAACUCGGUUUCUUUUGGUUCAAGCCUACCUCAAGAUCUCAUAACAGAUUUAACAACCAGUAAUAUAAUGUAUAUAGAAAACACAACCUCUGAAGACACAAUUACACAAAACAAAAAAUUAUAUCUGAAUGUUUCGAAUACACCUACGGAGACUACGGUAACAGUGACUCAUAUUUCUGAUGAACCAAUAACAAAAGUAAGUUACGGAUAUAGUGAAAAAGCAAAAAAUAAUUACAACUUUGAAACUCAAACAGAGAACUCCGAUGUUCUUUUUACUACCAUAGAGCAACAUAAAACCAAAGACAAUACUAUGAAAUCUGUUGUAAAAUUAACGACAAAUGAUCUUACUAAAGCCACUCCCUCGCCUUAUAACCAAUUAUCAUUCACUGAUGAUAUAUCUUCUACUCUAUAUUCUUUUCCAAGUUCAACGGAAGAACCAAUAACUACCAAAUUUAUUAUUGCUAAAACAAACCCUAAUUUUAUAACCAAAAACUUGAAUAACGAAAAAGAUAAAACAACUAUAUCUGAAAGUACAACGAUUAACAUUGAACAAACAUCUUUCUCGGGGACUACUAGAUCAGGUAAUAUACCAACUUAUACGCCUAAUCAAGAAGAAACAACUUUGACUUCAACCGAAACACCAAUAGAUGCAGAUUUUAUGAAUCUAAGUUCAACACCUUUUGGAAAAGAACAAAAUUCAAAUGAAAAUAGGAUUAAAAUGACCACUCAAGUCGCAUCGACUAUUUAUGGAACCUCAAUGACGUCGUUCCCUGAUAACAAGGAUAAUGUCGUAGAUUCAAUAAAUAAUGAACAUACAAUGUUGUAUUCCACUGCUAAUCAUGACAUUAUAACAAAUACAGAAUCUACUUCUAACAUCGUAACAAACUCGGUUUCUUUUGGUUCAAGCCUACCUCAAGAUCUCAUAACAGAUUUAACAACUAGUAAUAUAAUGCAUAUAGAAAACACAACCACUGAAGACACAAUUACACAAAACAAAAAAUUAUAUCUGAAUGUUUCGAAUACACCUACGGAUACUACGGUAAUAGUGACUCAUAUUUCUGACGAACCAAUAACAGAAGUAAGUUACGGAUAUAGUGAAAAAGCAAAAAAUAAUUACAACUUUGAAACUCAAACAGAGAACUCCGAUGUUCUUUCUACUACCAAACAACAACAUAAAGUCAAAGAUAGUACUAUGGAAUCUGCUGUAAAAUUAACGACAAAUGAUCUUAUUGAAGCCACUCUCUCGCCUUAUACUCAAUUAUCUGAUGAUAUAACUUCUAUUCGCCAUUCUUUUCCAAGUUCAGCAGAAGAACCAGUAACUACCGAAUUAAUGAUUGCUAAAACAAACCCUAAAUUUAUAAACAAAAGUUUGGAUAAUGAAAUAGGGAAAACAACUAUAUCUGAAAGUACAACGAUUAACAUUGAACAAACAUUUUACUUGGAGACUACUAGGUCAGGUAAUUUAGACAAGAAAACAAAAGAUUCAUAUUAUUUGCCAACUCAUACGCCUAAUCAACUAGAAACAACUUUGACUUCAACGGAAAUGCCAUUGGCUGCAGAUUUCACGACUCUAAGUUCAAUAUCUUUUGAAAAAGAACAAUAUUCAAAGGAAAACAUGAUUAAACUUUCAACUCAAGCCCCAUCGACUAUUUAUGGAACUUCAGUGACAUCGUUCCCUGAUAAUAUAGAUAAUGUUGUGGAUCCAAAAAAUUAUGAUAAACAAACAAUUUUGCACGCUGAUAAUCACGACAUUAUAACAAAUACAGAAACUACUUUUAACAUCGUAACAAACUCGGCUUCUUUAAGUUCAAGCCUACCUCAAGAUCUAAUAACAGAUUUGACAACUAGUAAUAUAAUGGAUAUAGAAAACACAACCACUGAAUCCAUUAAACAAAAUAAAAAAAAUUAUCAGAAUGUUUCUAAUAAUUCCGUUAAUGAUACAAAUACCAACUUAAUAAAUCAUGAGUACACCCCAGAAAUAGAAAAUAAUGAAAAAUCUAAAUCAACAACAUCUUUUAUGGAUCAAACCAUAGUACCGAUGGCGCAUGAUACAACCCCUACUUUACCAACUUUCGAGUUUACUGACGAUUCACAAAAUGUUACUAUGAACUCUGAUACGUAUCUCCAGUUGGAAGAAAAUCCUGUAAAUAAAUCAACUAUUGCAACUUCUACUUACAAUAUUUCUUUAGACAAAUCAACUACUACAACCACUACAUAUAACACUGAACCAAUUGAAACGUCUAUUAAUGACUUAGUAAUCGAAUCACAUAUAGAAAGUCGUGAUAAUCAUCAAAACAAAAAAUAUGAUUCGAGUACUGAUUCAAAAAUAAACGCUCAGCCCUCUACGGAAUCUCAUUACAAAAAUAAAAGUUCUAUUACGGAAGAAUUUUCAGACUCAAGUCCUACAUCUACUCUGGAAUUUACACCAUCAAUAAAAGAUUACGAUAAAAUUUCAGAUUUCUAUGAUACCACCACCUCGAAAACCAUUAAUGAAUCAAAUUACAAUCAAACAACUGAAAAUAUAAAUCUUAUUUAUGAAUCAACUUACAAAUCAGAUGAUAAUAUGUCUGCCAAGACUCAAGAAAAUGAUAUUUUUGAAACUACAAAUAUAGGAAGUUUACUAACCACAAAUGAAAAUUCAAUAAACGAUAAUUAUUCUUUAGAGUCAACGAGUAUGAAUUCCGAACUAAAAACAUCUUUCAUAAGUAGUACUCCUUUAACAGUAAAAAAAUUACAAUUUGAGACUACAGAGACAGUUUUCGGUAAUAAUUAUGAGCAAACUCCGGAAGAAAUAACAAGGGAAUCUAAAGUAACGAUGUUAUCAAGGUCAGAAUUAUUAACACCAAAAGACUUAUUAGAAACUACAAAAGCUACCAUGGUAUUGUCUAGUGAAAUUGAUUCUACAACCUCUGUAACUACAAGAGUGGCUUUAAAAAGUGACAAAGAAUCUAAUUUGUCUGUAACUAAUUAUGGUGCGUUGACUACCGAAACGAAAAACGACUUCACAACCGAGCAUUCAGAAUUAUUUUCUACACCCACAACAUUGAUUCGAAAUGAUGUAACAGAUAUUAAGGAUAAAAUCACGGAAGAAACUACACUGAAAACAGUGUAUCAAUUUACCGGAGAUAGUUUUAGAGAAAUUUUACCAACUACUAAAGUUUCUAUUAUAACAACCGAAUUACCCAUACAUACUACGAUAGAAGAAUCAACAAAAAUAUUGGAUGAUUUAUCGACGAAACAGAUCGGUUAUGAGGGCAAUUUGAUAACAAAAUCAACAGAUAUACCUCAAUCAACCUCAACUUUUAAGCCAUACGAAACUAAAGCAAAUUCACCUUAUAUAGAUUUAAAUAUACCAACUGUCUCCAGUAUAAAAAAGUUAGAAGAAAUAGAUAAAAAAGAGUCCACAUUAAAAACAAAGUAUGAUUUAUUUAACAUAAAGACAUUGGAUGGUCAUAGUAGUCCUAUCAAUACUGAGGUUUCAACUCUUGAAAGUCUGAGCGUUACAAAUGAGACCAAUAUAUUUGCUAAUGAUACAGGUUCCACUGAAUCCAUGACGAAAGUUAUCCAAAAUACUACACCUACAAUAUUUUUAAAUACAGAGACAGACACAGACAAGAAAGACAAUGUCAAGAUUUUAAAAUAUACGACGAUAGAUUUUGAAUCUACCAUUGGAAACAUUGUGACAUUAGUACCAGAGGAAGUUCAUGACACAGAAACAACUGAAAGUACUACAACACUUUAUAAGACAACAGGCUUAGACUCUAAUUAUGAUUCGAGAAAUAAGUUGGAACAAGUAACCGAAGCAGUAACAGCAUACAAGAAAGAUUUUACAACUACAGUAAACCCAGAUGAAACAUCUGCUUUUUAUAAGGAACAUUUAAAUACAAAUAAUAAUAUUGCACAGCAAACUGUAACUCAAGCAAUAGCACAAGUUACAAAAACUGAGAUGUAUGAAUCGAAUUUUACUUUAACAGCAGAACUGCCACAUACAACGACAGAAACUCUAACAACACGAUUAUUAGAAAAUAAAAAUCCUUCCACAAUUUCCCUUGACUUAAGUACAUCUAUUGAAAACUUAUCAUCACGAAGAAAAGACAUAGACAUACCUGCGUGGACUGACUCGACUAUGUAUACUGAACAAACUUCAACAGAUACUACCAGUUUUACUGAUACGACUGACUUCAAAAUUAACAUACAAUGUAAAACAAAUACUCACUGUUCGACACAUGAAAUCUGCUUGAAUGGAGUAUGUCAAAGCCCAUGUGAGGUGAUGCCGAGACCGUGUACAAAGAACUCUUCCUGUAAAGUAAUCAACCACGCUGCUGUUUGUAUAUGCGAUGAAGCUGCUGGGGACUUCUGUAUCAGAGCACCACCGGGGACACCAAAGGCACCAGAGCCAUGUCAUUCUGAUCGGGAUUGUAUAGAAACAGAAGCCUGUUUUAUGGGAUGGUGCCAAAAUCCUUGUGAAUUUGACAAAUGCGGUGUCGGUGCUAACUGUCAACCAAUAAAACAGAGGCCAAUGUGUUCUUGCCCGUUGGGAUACGACGGAGAUCCAGCUGUCAAAUGUUCACCUAAAAUAUUUGGUUGCGUUCGAAAUGAAGACUGUUCUUUGACUGAGGCUUGUAUAAAUAACGCAUGUCAACACCCAUGUGCUAUUCAUAAUCCAUGUGCACCUAAUGCUGUAUGCAUAAACACAAACCAUGGCUCAGACUGUAGCUGUGCAGAAGGAUUUCAAGGAAAUGGAUACGUUGGGUGUGUUUCAGUUCGGAAUCCCACACAAUCAAUAUGCCAGUACAAUGAAGACUGCCCUCCAGACUUACUUUGUGACCGAAUGAACAGAGUUUGUAUUAACCCGUGUGCUGUCAACAAAUGUGGUGACAAUGCCGAAUGUAUCCCAGAAAACCAUAGUGUUCAAUGUAAAUGUGCUGCUGGCUUUACAGGAAACGCCUACUUAGAAUGUUAUAGAGUACAAGGAUGUCGUUCCGACAAUGAAUGCCUAAACUCGGAAGCGUGUAUCAAUGGAAACUGUGGUUCGCCAUGUAAAUGUGGCAUAAAUGCUGUAUGUGACGUUUUAAAUCACCGUGCCUCCUGCAAAUGUUUACCUGGGUAUACUGGUAACCCUGUUAUAGGCUGCGAACCACCAAUCAAUCCUUGUAUACCUAAUCCUUGCGGACUAAACGCAUUAUGUGAAAGUGACAAUGGCAAUCCUAUAUGUUUCUGUCCUAAAGGCUUAACGGGUAACCCAUUCAAAAAUUGCAUUCCGGAAGGAAAUGAAUGUGAACCAAAUCCCUGCGGACCGAACACUGGAUGUCGAAUAAUAGACAAUAAACCGGCAUGUUUCUGUUUACCAAAUUACGAGGGUAAUCCACCAAGACAACCUUGCAAGCUUCCACAAAAUCCUUGUAAUCCGUCACCAUGUGGACCUAAUACACAAUGUACAGUUUUGCCAAACGGAUUCUCUAAAUGUACUUGUUUGCAAGGUUAUGUCGAAAGCCCAAAUACAGUCAGAGGUUGUAUAGAAGCACGUAAUCCAUGUGAACCAAACACCUGCGGCGAUGGCGCACGUUGUGACCCUAAUAGAAUUCCUGCUUGUUACUGCCCUGAAAAUACAGUUGGAAAUCCUUAUAAGUCAUGUAAUCCUUAUAUUCAGUCAAAUGUUCUUUGUCAGCCGGGUCCCUGUGGACAAAACGCAGAUUGUUACGUGAGCAAUAAUAGAGAAAUGUGUUUCUGCAAAACUGGUUUUAGUGGAGACCCAUACAUUGGUUGUGAACAUGAAAGAAGUCAGUGUAUACCCAAUCCUUGUGGACCUCGAGGAAUUUGCAACGUUAAUUAUGAUGGUCAAGUUAUAUGUACUUGUGCUGCAGGCAGCACAGGAGAUCCAUAUGGAUUAAGCGGCUGCAUUUCACUUGAAUGUGAGGUUGACGAUGAAUGCGAGGCAAAUAAAGCUUGCAUCGGCUUUUCAUGUCGUGAUCCGUGUCCUGGAGUAUGCGGCCUGAAUGCUAAAUGCCAUGUAGAAUCACACCGACCUGUUUGUAUUUGUGAAAAAGGAUUAAUUGGUAAUCCAUUCGUAUGCUGUUUGCCACCUGAAGAUCAGAAAUCCUUCCGGCCUUGUGACCAAAUUCAAUGCGGCUUAAACGCUAUCUGUCAAAAUUUUGGAGAUAAAGCUUUAUGUUCUUGUCCAACCGGCUUAGUUGGCGAUCCGACUAUUGAAUGCAAACCAGAAUGCUUAAUGAAUUCGGAUUGUUCAUCCAAUGAAGCAUGCAUUAAUGAAAAAUGUGUCGAUCCAUGUUCAUUCAAAAAUAUUUGCGGAAUGAAUGCAACUUGUGUUUGUACAGAUCACACAGUAUCUUGUGUGUGCCCAGACGGAUACUUUGGGGAUCCAAAAAUUCAAUGCGUUUACCGACCAAUUGUAAUUACACCUGAUAAUACAACAAUACAACCAUGCUCACCAAAUCCGUGCAACUCUAAUGAUCAGUGUGAUCCUUAUGGUGACCAGAUUGCAAUCUGUGUACCUUGUGUCGGAUCUCAGGAUAUAAAUAAUCCAGCGUGUAGACCGGAGUGCGUUCUUAGUUCAGACUGUGAAUUUAAUAAGGCUUGUUUGAGAAAUAAAUGCGUUGACCCUUGUCCUGGAUCUUGCGGUGUCAAUGCAGAUUGCUUAGUAUACCACCACGAUCCAAUUUGCCGAUGUAGAGAAGGGUUUGAAGGAAAUCCCUACGAACAUUGCAAGCCUACCACUAGUCCCACAAUAUAUGAAACAUGUGAUAAUAUACGAUGUGGCGAUAACGCCAUAUGUCAAGAUUCGCACGGCUUGCUUACUUGUCAAUGUUUGCCAGACUUUUUCGGAAAUCCAUAUCUUUCAUGCCGACCAGAGUGUGCUAUUAAUAGUGACUGUCCGACAAAUGCAGCAUGUUUCAACAACAAAUGUAAAUCCCCUUGCAAUGAUGUUUGUGGUAUUGGAGCGUUAUGUGAAACUAUAAACCACCAUGCUGUAUGUUAUUGUCAGCCUGGUCAAACUGGAGAUCCAUAUGUAAGAUGCCAAAAUAUAAUGCCUACUCCACCAGCAUUAUCUGUCUGUGAUCCUUCACCCUGUGGAGCAUAUAGCCGUUGCCUAGUUUCACCAUCUGGAUUUGCAGUAUGCUCAUGUUUGCCUGGACAUGGUGGAAUGCCUCCUAUGUGUCAACCUGAAUGUGUAGGUAAUUCAGAUUGCCCCCAAGAACUGACUUGCGUUAAUCAGAAAUGUAUAAAUCCAUGUCAAGGUAGCUGUGGAAUAGGUGCUACGUGUUUUGUAGUAAACCAUAAUCCGUUAUGUAGUUGUGAUCCAGGAAAAACUGGCGACCCAUUCGUUGCAUGUGGCGAGACUGUAGAAAGUAAAACUCCUACAAAAACACCUACAGGGGAUAACCCAUGUUUGCCUUCACCGUGUGGACCAAAUUCUGUCUGUGAAGUAAGAUCUAAUCAUCCAGUCUGUUCAUGCCGUCCAAACUAUUCUGGUACCCCGCCAUACUGUAGACCAGAAUGUAUAAUAAGUCAAGAAUGCCCUUCAAACCAAGCUUGUAUCAAUGAAAAAUGUGUUGAUCCAUGUAUUAACGCAUGUGGAAGUAAUGCUAAAUGCAAUGUCGUAAACCAUACACCUUUGUGUAGUUGCUUAGAGGGUUUUAAAGGCGAUGCCUUUAUAGGAUGUAUGGAAAUUUUGACAGACGAUACUACACCCUGUAACCCUUCACCUUGUGGAGAAAAUACGUUAUGUACAAUCGUGGGUAACGCUGCUAGAUGCUCAUGCAUACCACCGAAUAUUGGAAACCCUUAUGCUGGUGGCUGCCGACCUGAAUGUACUUCAAAUUCAGAUUGCCCUAAUAACCUUGCAUGUUUAUCAAAUCACUGUCGAGAUCCUUGUAAAGACUUAUGCGGUGUAAACACAGAAUGUACUGUCACCAAUCACGUUCCUGUAUGUUCUUGUUUCAAAGGAUAUGAGGGUGAUCCGUUCUCAUCGUGUCGCCAGAUUACUAAAUCACCAAUACCGAUCAAUCCAUGUGAACCAACACCAUGUGGUCCAAAUAGUGAAUGUCAUGUUGUUGGUGAACGCGCUGCGUGCUCAUGUCGUGCGGGAUUCCUUGGCACUCCACCUGCUUGUCGCCCUGAAUGUGCCGUAAGCUCGGAAUGUCCAACGAACAGAGCUUGUAUAAAUCACAAGUGUCAAGAUCCUUGUAUUCACAGUUGCGGACUAGAUGCACGAUGUCACGUGGUUGGUCAUAAUCCGAUAUGUACAUGCCCAGAGCAUGUCCCAGAAGGCGAUCCGUUCAUCAGAUGCUACAGAAAGAAUAUUACAGUCGUUGCUCCUGAUCCGUGCUUAUCUUCACCAUGUGGACCACAUUCGACAUGUCGCAACGAACUUGGCCGCGCGGUGUGCGCAUGUGAGCCUGGCACGUUGGGCGCUCCACCAACCUGUCGCCCGCAAUGUGUUAUUAAUCAAGAUUGCCCUCUCGCUCUUGCCUGCUUCGGCGGUACCUGUGUCAAUCCUUGUAUGGGAUCGUGUGGUUUCAACGCUCGUUGCAGCGUACAAAAUCACCAACCAAUUUGUUCCUGCGACGAAGGUUACUCAGGAGAUCCAUUUGCUGGCUGCAAUCAAAUCGAAAUCGCAAAAGAAGUACCCCGUCAUCCUUGCAACCCGUCACCUUGUGGACCUAAUGCCAUUUGUCGAGAAAAGAGUGGUGUCGGUUCAUGUACUUGUGUAGACGAUUUUUAUGGUGAUCCAUAUUUAGGCUGUCGCCCAGAGUGUGUCAUGAACACUGACUGCGCUGUAGACAAAUCAUGUUUCAAUAAUAAAUGUGUAGAUCCAUGCCCUGGGACAUGUGGCCAGAAUGCUGUGUGUAGAGUUUCCAAUCAUGCACCUUCUUGUUACUGCUUACCUGGAUACAAUGGAAACCCUCUUCAUGCAUGCACUUCUAUUAUGACUCCUCCGGAACCAAUUGAUCCGUGUCACCCCACACCUUGCGGACCUUAUAGUAAAUGUCGUACGUUUAACGGGCAUGCCGUUUGCACAUGCCUCGAUAUAUGCGUUGGCUCACCGCCUAAUUGUCGACCUGAGUGUAUCGUUAGUUCUGAUUGCCGAUCAAAUAAAGCAUGUAUAAGUCAAAAAUGCCAAGAUCCCUGUGAGGGUAUGUGUGGAGUGAACGCACAGUGUCAAGUCGUGAAUCAUAAUCCCAUAUGUUCUUGCCAAAGAGGAUACACUGGGGAUCCUUUUGUUUAUUGCUACUAUGAAGAAAAACAAAUGACACCUAUUGAUAAUUGCUUACCGAAUCCCUGCGGUCCGCAUUCACAAUGCAAAGACCGAAAUGGAGUACCCGUUUGCUCUUGUUUGGAUAAUUAUGUGGGACGGCCUCCCAAUUGUAGACCGGAAUGUGUUAUAAGCGUUGAAUGCCCGAGUAAUUUAGCUUGUAUAUCCGAAAGAUGCAGAGAUCCAUGCCCAGGUUCUUGCGGUAUUCAUGCUACGUGCAUUGUUGUUAAUCAUGUACCGAUGUGUACUUGCGAACAAGGAUUUACUGGAGAUCCUUUUGCAGGAUGUUCCACUAUAUUAUCUAUCGAACCACAACAAGAAAGCCCUUGCUCGAGAUCACCUUGUGGCGCUAACGCUAUAUGUAAAGAGAGAUAUGACGCAGGUUCAUGUGUUUGCCUUCCCGAAUAUUAUGGAGAUCCGUAUGUGGAAUGUAGACCAGAAUGUGUUUUAAAUUCCGAUUGUCCUAAGAAUAAGGCUUGUACAAAUAACAAAUGCAAAGAUCCAUGCCCGGGAGUCUGCGGAAUGAACGCUGAGUGUAGAGUCAAUAAUCAUGCUCCUUCUUGCAAUUGUCUUCCCGGAUACGAGGGAAACCCAUUUACGUCUUGUUACUUAAGCGUGGAAAGACCUGUUGAUCCUUGUUCACCUUCACCUUGCGGACCAUAUAGCUUGUGUCGAGUAAGCAACGAUUAUGCAAUCUGCUCUUGCCAAGAAGAUUAUUUUGGUUCUCCACCUUUAUGUCGCCCAGAAUGUAUGGUCAGUAGCGACUGUAUGCCAAAUAAAGCUUGUGUCAACCAGAAAUGCAUAGAUCCUUGUAAUGGAGCAUGUGGCAACAACGCCAAAUGCACAGUUGUUAAUCACAAUGCACUUUGUAGUUGCCCCAAAAAUUAUAUCGGUGAUCCCUUUAUUCAAUGUUCAUAUGAUCAACGACCGGAACCAAAACCUUCAGGUAAUCCUUGCAUUCCAUCACCUUGUGGACCAAAUUCACAAUGUCGCGUAGUAGGCGAAACUCCAGCAUGCUCCUGUUUAAGUGGUUAUAUAGGGCGAGCACCAAACUGUCGUCCAGAAUGUAUAUAUGAUGAGGAAUGUCCUAGUAACCUUGCUUGUAUCCGUGAAAAGUGUAUGAAUCCAUGCGAAGGAUCUUGUGGAUCAAAUGCUGAAUGUGUCGUUAUUUCUCAUAAAGCAAUUUGUCAUUGUAAGGAAAGCUAUACGGGUGAUCCAUUUAAUGGUUGUUAUUUCAUAGUCACAGUUACUAGUGAAGAUGAGACGAAUCCUUGUAAUCCAUCUCCUUGUGGACCAAAUGCUUUAUGUAAAGAAAGAAAUUCUGCCGGGUCAUGCACAUGCCUACCAGGAUAUUUCGGAGAUCCCUAUUUAGGAUGUCGUCCAGAAUGCGUCACAAACAACGACUGUCCCUUAAACAGAGCAUGCUCGAAUAAUAAAUGUAUCGAUCCUUGUCAAGGAGCCUGUGGAAAAAAUGCACGCUGUAACGUGGCGCAUCAUACACCGAUGUGUUUCUGUAUCGAUGGUUAUGAAGGGAAUCCUGUAAUAUCAUGCCACCUACAGAGGAGUCCAACCGUGGCAGAUGAAAAUCCAUGUGUACCAUCACCUUGCGGUCAAUACAGUCAUUGUAAAAUAAUCGAUAACCACGGAGUAUGCUCAUGCAUAGAAGGUUAUGUAGGUUCGCCACCAACGUGUAGACCAGAAUGCGUAACCAGUACGGAUUGCCCGCAACAUCAAGCGUGUUUACAACAAAAAUGCAAGGACCCUUGUCCAGGAACUUGCGGCGUCAAUGCACGUUGCCAAGUUAUAAACCACAAUCCAAUAUGUACAUGUAAAGCGGGAUUCACUGGUGAUCCAUUUGUAACUUGUCAGUUAGAGAAAAAACCUAUCUUUAUGGGACCUAAAGGAAAUCCUUGUGUACCUUCACCGUGCGGUUCAUAUUCUCAAUGUAAAGUAGUCGACGAAGCGCCUGCAUGCUCAUGCUUACCGAAUUACGUUGGUAUUGCACCCAAUUGUAGACCUGAAUGUUCUAUCAAUGCCGAAUGCCCUGGUAAUCUUGCAUGCCAAAAUGAGAAAUGUGUAGAUCCAUGUCCGGGGUCUUGCGGUUUCAACGCCGAAUGUUCUGUUGCAAACCAUGUAGCCUUAUGUAAUUGUGUACCUGGACAUACGGGUGAUCCAUUUAGUGGAUGUUCUAUAAUUGAACAUACAUCUGAACCUCCACCAAAUCCUUGUAAUCCUUCUCCUUGUGGUGCUAAUGCCGUGUGCAAAGAAAGAAACGGUGUCGGUGCGUGUUCAUGUCUACCAGAAUAUUUUGGAGACCCAUACACAGGAUGCAGACCAGAGUGCGUGUCAAAUUCUGAUUGCGAUCGUAAUAAGGCUUGUACAAAUAACAAGUGCAAAGAUCCGUGCCCAGGAACAUGUGGCAUCAAUGCCGAAUGUAGAACUGUGAACCAUUCUCCUACGUGUACUUGCCUCACAGGAUAUACCGGCAAUCCGCUCAUUAGAUGCGAGGAAGAAAAAUUAAAUAUACCUCAAACAGAUCCUUGCCAGCCAUCACCCUGCGGGCCGAACAGUUUAUGUCGUGCUAUUAAUGGUCAUAGUGUGUGUACAUGCGAAAUCGGUUACAUCGGCACCCCACCAUCAUGUCGUCCUGAAUGUAUCGUUAGCUCCGAAUGCCCGCAGGAUAAGGCCUGCGUAAAUAAAAAAUGUACAGAUCCAUGCCCGAAUACCUGUGGACUCAACGCACGCUGCCAAGUUAUAACUCACAAUCCGAUUUGCAGUUGUAUAACAGGUUAUACUGGCGAUCCCUUUACAGAAUGUAUAGAAGAACAGAGACAAGUAGAUCAUAUUAAUCCCUGCGUACCGUCACCAUGCGGACCAAACUCUGAAUGCCGUGUUAUAAGCGAUCAAGCAGCCUGUUCUUGUUUACCUAACUAUAUAGGAAGGGUACCAAAUUGUAGACCAGAGUGUACUAUUGAUGCAGAAUGCCCUAGCAAUACAGCUUGUAUUAACGAACGUUGUAAGGACCCGUGUCUGGGAGCUUGUGGAGGAAAUGCCAUCUGUUUAACGGUGAAUCACAAGCCUGUCUGUAGUUGUCAGCAAGGAUUUACUGGAGAUGCAACCAGUUCCUGUGUUCAAAUUAUGACUCCUACAACAGAAAGAGCAAGUCCCUGCACUCCAUCUCCUUGUGGCCCCAACGCUGAAUGUCGUGAAUACAAUGAAGCUGGUGCAUGUUUCUGUUCCCAAGGCUAUGAAGGCGAUCCCUAUAGUCCAUCUGGAUGUCGACGAGAAUGUGAAAAUAACGACGACUGCCCCUUGAACUUAGCCUGCACAAGAUUUAAAUGUAUCGACCCGUGCCCAAAAACAUGUGGACAUUUGGCAGAAUGUACAGUUGAAAAACACGUUCCUGUUUGUUCUUGCCCACCUGAUCAUACAGGCGAUCCAUUCUUCCGCUGCCUCAGAGUAGUAACUGAACCUCCACCACUAAACCCUUGUGAACCAACUCCCUGUGGUCCUAACAGUCAAUGCAGACAAGUCAAUAUGCAAGCUGUUUGUUCUUGUCUUCCGAAUUAUAUUGGGUCACCGCCAUCAUGUAGACCUCAAUGUGUUGUGAAUAGUGAAUGUGAUACAUCUAAAGCAUGCAUAAAUCAGAGGUGUGACGACCCUUGUCCAAAUACUUGUGGCUUGAAAGCUCACUGUCUAGUAAAGAAUCAUAACCCCAUUUGCACGUGUCCAGCGGGUAUGACCGGUGAUCCUUUCACUGUUUGCUACAAUAUUCCACCAACAACUGAAAGUCCUUCUUGCACCCCAUCUCCAUGUGGACCUCACUCACGUUGUCAGUUGCUAGCAAGUGGACCAGCAUGCUCUUGUUUACCUGGUUAUGUAGGCUCACCACCAUCUUGCCGUCCUGAAUGUACAAUUAACUCUGAGUGCCCUGCUUCUUUAGCAUGUGUUCGACAAAAAUGUGAAGAUCCUUGUCCAGGUUCUUGUGGAGUUGAAGCAAAUUGUCACGUUUUGAAUCAUGUAGCAGUGUGCGUUUGUAACGAGGGAUUUACUGGUGAUCCAUUCUCAAGAUGUACUCCUAUUAUUCAAGCGCCAACAACCUCUGGUCCGUCGGAUCCUUGUAAUCCUUCUCCAUGUGGACCUAACGCACAGUGCGACAAUGGCUUCUGUACGUGUAUACAAGAUUAUAGCGGUAAUCCAUAUGAAUCAUGUCGACCAGAAUGUACUGGAAGUCAAGAAUGUCCUAGAGAUAAAGCGUGCUUUAGAAACAAAUGCAGAGAUCCCUGUCCUGGAGUUUGUGGUCAAAACGCAAAAUGUGACGUUAUAAACCAUAUACCAACCUGUUCUUGUAUGAGUGGCCAUACUGGCAAUCCAUUUACUCACUGUCAACCGACAAUAAUCGUUGAAUAUGAUGAAAAUCCAUGUCGGCCAUCUCCGUGCGGUCCUAACAGCCUUUGCAGAAUAAAUGAUAAUGCAGCGGUAUGCGCUUGCAUUGAAGGUUUCCAAGGAUCUCCUCCAGCUUGUAGACCAGAAUGUGUCGUGAGCUCUGAGUGUCCUGCAACAAAAGCUUGUGUUAACCAGAAAUGUAUUAACCCAUGUAUUAAUGCAUGCGGUAUCUCAGCUCGCUGUGAAGUUAUCAAUCACAGCCCUAUUUGCAGCUGUAAUCCAGGACAAACUGGCGAUCCAUUCAGCAGUUGUUACGAUGAAAUGAUCCCAUCAAAACCAGUAGAUGCUUGUAACCCUUCACCAUGUGGGCCAAACUCUUUAUGUAUGGAACGAAAUGGCAAAGCUGACUGUAAAUGCGUCGAUGACUACGUUGGCCAGCCGCCAAACUGUAGGCCAGAAUGUGUCAUUAAUCCAGAUUGUCCAUCAAAUCAAGCUUGCGUGAGAAAUAAAUGUAUUGAUCCAUGUCCGGGUUCGUGUGGAGUAGAUGCGGAUUGUAUCAUAGUGAGCCAUACAGUAUCAUGUACAUGUCGAGAAAAGUACACCGGAAAUCCUUUCUUACAAUGUAUACAACAAAAUGACGCUGUAGAAAAUCCAUGUGAUCCGUCACCAUGUGGAGCGAAUGCUAUUUGUAGUCAAAGAGAUAAUGCUGGUGCGUGUUCUUGUUUAGAAGGGUAUUAUGGAAAUCCAUACGAUGGUUGUCGACCUGAGUGUGUUCUCAGUUCUGACUGCUCAGCCGAUAAAUCAUGUAUCAAAAAUAAAUGCACAGACCCCUGCCCAGGCAUUUGCGGGUCCAACGCUGAGUGCACCGUAAUCAAUCACGUGCCUUCCUGUGCAUGCAUUAAGGGUUAUGCUGGUAACCCGUUUGUACAAUGCAACCCAAUCAAACCACCACAUGAAAUAAGACCAUGUAAUCCAUCUCCAUGUGGACCAAAUAGCGUGUGCAGAGAGAAUGGAGAACUUGCCUCCUGUGAAUGUCUCCCUGAUUACAGAGGAGCGCCUCCUAAUUGUCGACCUGAAUGCACAGUAAGCAGCGAAUGUCCAUCGGAUCGUGCAUGCCAUAAGCUUAAAUGUGCUGAUCCAUGCAGAGGAACAUGUGGUAUUGGAGCCCAUUGUCAAGUUAUAAAUCAUAGUCCUCUGUGUAGCUGCCCCGCGGGUACUAGUGGUGAUCCAUUUAGCAAAUGCCUAGAAAUUGAAAAAAGUGUGAUAGAAACAAACGCGCAACCAUGCAGGCCGAAUAUGUGCGGACCUUACAGUGAAUGUCGACCAGUCAAUGGACAACCUUCAUGUUCAUGUAUAGUUGGCUAUCUAGGUGCUCCACCUAACUGCCACCCAGAAUGUCUUGUGAACACAGACUGCCCGUCACACUUGGCAUGUAUAGCAGAAAAAUGUACUAAUCCUUGUGAAGGUUCAUGUGGAUUCCGAGCAGAAUGUCGCGUCCAGGAUCACAUUCCGAUUUGCAGUUGCCCAACAGGAUAUUCGGGUGAUCCUUUCAUUCAAUGCUCGGAAGUUAUAGUUCAAGAUGUACAAGAAAAUCCUUGCAAUCCGUCACCUUGCGGAAGCAACGCUAUAUGCGAUGAAGGAGCGUGUACUUGCGCUCCUGGAUACUUUGGUGAUCCUUACCAAGGAUGCAGACUAGAAUGUAGUACUAACGGUGAAUGUUCUCCUACCCGCUCAUGUCAAGGAGGAAAGUGCGUAGAUCCAUGCCCUGGCACGUGCGGCACAAAUGCUCUGUGUUCUGUAAACAACCAUAUUCCAUCAUGCUCAUGCCCACCUAGCAUGUCAGGAGAUCCGUUUUCAUUUUGCACUGAGAUAGCUCUAUCAGCGGCACCAUGUUCCCCGUCCCCUUGCGGUCCGUAUAGCGAAUGCACGGUGAGUCCAAACGGUGUAGCGGCUUGUUCCUGCCGUGCUGGCCACUUUGGCUCCCCUCCGUCUUGCCGUCCAGAGUGUCUCGUGAGCUCGGAUUGUAAACUGCAGUUGGCAUGUAUAGACCGGCGAUGUCGUGAUCCCUGCGAAGGUGCGUGCGGCCGCGGCGCGCGGUGCCAAGUGGUUGCGCAUUCGCCUAUCUGCACUUGCAACGAUGGUUAUACUGGAGAUCCUUUCACUUAUUGCUAUUUAGCGCCGUCUCCGCCCUCUGCCCCUAUUGAUCCUUGUCAACCAUCACCGUGUGGACCUAAUUCUAUAUGUCUAAGCUCUGGGGAAAUGCCUGCCUGUAGUUGUCAACCUAACUUCAUCGGCUCACCACCAAACUGUCGACCAGAGUGCACAAUUAGCGCUGAAUGUCCAGCUGCGCUUGCCUGUGUAGCGCAGCGUUGCAAGGACCCGUGUCUGCAGGCAUGUGGUCCUCGAGCUAUCUGCUCAGUGAUCGACCAUCGAGCAACUUGUGCUUGUGAACCUGGUCUAGAAGGCAAUCCGUUCGAGGGUUGUUCUCAACCUAAAGCUCCAACAAAGACUGAGUACUUAAAUCCAUGCGAACCGUCGCCCUGCGGUCCAAAUGCACUUUGUAAAGUUGAUGGCAAAGCUGGGUCAUGCUCAUGCCUACCAGAUUAUUUUGGUGACCCAUAUCAAGGGUGCAGGCCAGAAUGUUUGGCAGAUUCUGAUUGUCCAUUAACCACAGCCUGCAACAGAAAUAAAUGUAUGGAUCCAUGUCCUGGAGUAUGCGGACAAAAUGCAGAUUGCUACGUAACAAAUCACAAGCCUCUGUGUAACUGUAAGAGUGGAUACACUGGUAACCCACUUUCUUUAUGUUUGCCUAUACUGGAAAAAGAUAUUGCCAUAUUUGACGUUUGUAAUCCAUCACCCUGUGGAGCAAAUGCGAUCUGUAAAAAUGUAAAUGAUCAGCCAGUUUGUUCAUGUUUACCGAACUAUGUUGGGUCUCCACCAAAUUGCAAGCCAGAAUGUAUGGUUAAUUCUGAAUGUAGAUCUAACAAAGCUUGUAUUAAUCACAAAUGUGUCAAUCCAUGCCCUACUCCGUGUGGUCGAAAUACAGAAUGUAAGGUUAUAAAUCAUAGUCCAGUGUGUUCAUGUCGAAGAGGAUAUUCCGGAGAUCCUUUUACAAUUUGUAGUUUAAUAUUACAAACAUCCCCAUCUGUAGCUGCACCCUUAGAUCCGUGCUUACCAUCUCCUUGCGGCAUUUAUGCGGAAUGUCGCAAUAACAAUGGAUUGGCGUCUUGUUCAUGUUUACCAUCUUAUAUUGGUUCCCCGCCCUAUUGUAAACCAGAAUGCGUAGUUCAUUCAGAUUGUUCUAGUGACUUAGCGUGCAUUGCAGAGAAAUGUAGAAAUCCAUGUGAAGGAUCGUGUGGGUUAUACGCAAAAUGUUUUGUCAACAACCAUAUUCCAGUUUGUUUGUGCCCUGAUGGUUUCAUGGGAGAUCCAUUUAGAGAAUGUACUCCUAAACCACUUGAAGAUACUAAACAACCUGUUGCAAUAGAUCCUUGUCGACCCAGUCCAUGUGGUUCAAAUACUAUAUGUAAAGAUGGUAUAUGUUCGUGCGAAGAAGGCUAUCACGGUGAUCCAUAUUUAGGAUGCCGGCCUGAAUACCGAGUUCGGUAUACCUUACACUCAAAUAUAUUCGAUGGCGCCGAACUCGAACGGCUACGACGUGAGGCUGUUCCCUCAUCAAAUGAAAAUGCUAUGACUGAGGAUACGGGGCGACAAGUUGCAGAACAACCCGUGGAUGCCGCCGUGAAUACCUCAGUGGUUACUGAUUCAAAUGAUGAUGGGACAUUCACCCAGGAAAUAGAAAUAGAGCAAAUGAGGAGUACAUUGGAAGAGGCGAUUGUGGAAACGCGCAGUACGCCUCUCGAAAAUCAACCGCGACUUCCCCGCAUAACCCUAAGUAAGCGGAAUCGGGCUGUCGUGAGGGCUCUGAACCCAAUGCUGGUGACCUAUUUGGAAGCCAGCCGAGACCUUUGCAAGACGGACUCAAUUCUUUCUGGCGCCGCGCUGGCAGUCAGCCGUAUUAUAGGCGCCAAGGUUUCCACGGCUCGACGCGCUACUGGCCAAAGUAGCGCUAUCCCAGCAUGGAGAAGAAGAAUUGAGGAACGUAUCGCAAAGGCUAGAGCUCUCAUCUGCAGAUUGAUAUGCUUCAGAUCAGGCAAUAACAGGCCAAGAAUUGUGCGCACCGUCAGGAUGGCGUUUGCUGGGAUGAAUGUCAGUUUGUCCCAGCCAGAUAUAACGCAAAAACUGACGGAGCCCAUAAAUGAUCUGAAGCAGAGAAUCGCUGCUUGGGGAAAGCGGAUUCGGAGAUAUACCGAGAGGUCGACACGGUUCAACCAGAAUCGUCUCUUCCAGAGUGAUCAGAAGAGGAUCUAUGAAUCAUUGGAGCGACCAAUGGUAAGUGGAACGGGCCCAGCACCGAAUCAGGCCGACACUGUAGCAUUCUGGCGCGGCCUAUGGUCAGAGCCCGUAAACCACAGCGAGGUCCUUGGACGGAAGUUGUGGCGACAAUCCAAUGGGCAAGCAGUAUGUUCCUGCAUACCGGGUUACAAAGGUAGCCCGCCAACAUGUAGACCCGAAUGUGUUGUUAGCCUUGAGUGUCCUUUUAAAGAAGCCUGCAACAAUCAAAAAUGUAUAAAUCCAUGUAUAGGAGCAUGUGGAGUUGCUGCUAUAUGUGAUGUUAUCAAUCACAAUCCAAUUUGUACAUGCCCACCUUCAUUCACGGGCGAUCCAUUUAUACAGUGUACUGUAAUCGUUGAAAUGGCGCCUAGAGUUGACCCCUGUGAACCAUCGCCAUGUGGACCCCAUUCAGUUUGCAAAAUUAGGGCCAAUAGUCCAAUAUGUGCUUGUCUGCCUGGAUACAAAGGGUCCGCCCCGAACUGUCGACCAGAAUGCAUAAGUAACAGUGAAUGUGAUAACCAUUUGGCUUGUAUUAAUCAAAAAUGCAGUGACCCAUGUAUUGGAAGCUGUGGAUCUAACGCCGAAUGUAGGGUUGUCAGUCACUCCCCUAUGUGCAUAUGCCAACCGGGCUACACUGGAGAUCCAUUUUCAUACUGUAGCCCAUUGACUAUCGCCGAUUCUACCGAAGUUCUAAAUCCGUGCAACCCCAGUCCAUGUGGUUCAAAUGCAAUUUGCAGAGAAAAUAAUGGUGUCGGCGCUUGUACUUGUUUAGAGGGAUAUUCCGGCAACCCAUAUGAAUCGUGUCGUCCUGAAUGCGUAGUCAAUACCGACUGUCCUUUAAACAAAGCAUGUGCUAGAAUGAAAUGUGUUGACCCUUGUCCGGGAACAUGUGGCUCAAAUGCUAUAUGUCAAGUAAAUAAUCAUUUACCCAACUGCUUGUGUCAGGUUGGUUAUACAGGAAAUCCUUUCAGCCACUGUGUUAUUAUGGAAGAACCUCAAAUUGUACAAAACCCGUGCAGUCCAUCUCCAUGUGGGCCAAAUAGUCAGUGUAAAGAAAUUAACGGCCAGGCAGUAUGCUCAUGCUUAUCAAAUUUCGUUGGAUCGCCUCCUAACUGUCGUCCAGAAUGUGUAGUGAGCUCGGAAUGCCCCGCAAAUUUGGCUUGUUUAAAUCAAAAGUGCUCAGAUCCUUGUAUAGGAAGUUGUGGAGAAAAUGCAAACUGUAAUGUUAUCAACCAUAGUCCUAUCUGUGUAUGUAAGCAAGGCUUAACUGGAAAUCCAUUUACAAAAUGUUAUCCAGUAAAAAUAUCUUUGCCGCCAAAUAGUUCAGCAAACCCCGAUCCAUGUUUACCAUCUCCUUGUGGUGUAUAUGCGGAAUGUCGAAAUAUAGGAGACGCGCCUUCUUGUGCCUGUAAAUCUGGUUAUGUGGGUAAUCCGCCUAAUUGCAGACCAGAAUGCACAUUGAACUCCGAAUGUCCUAGUAAUCAAGCAUGUAUCAACGAAAAAUGUCGCGAUCCUUGCCCAGGUGCUUGUGGUUUAAAUGCUCAAUGUAAUGUUUUUAAUCAUAUCGCCCAAUGCAGUUGCCUAGAACAACACACUGGAGAUCCGUUUGUACAAUGUCAACGUGAAAUACAGAAAGAUGAGGUGUACAGUGAAAUCGACCCUUGCAAUCCAUCACCAUGUGGUUCGAAUGCUAAAUGCUAUGGUGAUGGUGAAUGCAAGUGCUUACCUCAAUAUCAAGGCGAUCCUUACUUUGGCUGCCGUCCAGAAUGCCUGAUGAGCUCUGAUUGCCCACCGAAUAAAGCGUGUGCCAAAAACAAAUGCAUAGACCCAUGCAUCAAAGCAUGUGGAAGAGGAGCAAUAUGUAACGUUUUUAACCAUGUGCCUAUGUGCACUUGUGCUCAUGGUUACUCUGGCAACGCGUUCCUUGAAUGUAGACCAUUUACUGUACCAGAAAUCGUAAAUCCUUGCAACCCUAGUCCAUGUGGACCAAAUAGUCAAUGUAGAGAUAUAAACGGCCAAGCCAUUUGUACAUGCUUACCGGGAUAUCAAGGUGCACCUCCAACGUGUAGACCAGAAUGUAUAUCGAGUUCAGAAUGUGCUCUUGACAAAGCAUGUUCCAACCAACGCUGUAUUGAUCCUUGUAAAGGAAAUUGUGGCUCUAGUGCUAUUUGUCAAGUGAUAAACCAUAAUCCAAUAUGUUCUUGUCCAUCAGGACUAACUGGUGAUCCCUUCACUAGAUGUGUAUUGCAAGCUACUGAGGUACCACCAUAUACUAAUCCUUGCGAACCAUCACCUUGCGGUCCUAAUUCCAUUUGUAAAGAAAUAAAUGGAUCUCCUUCGUGCGCUUGCCUCGACGAUUACACAGGAAGUCCCCCAAAUUGUCGCCCAGAAUGUAUAGCAAAUUCUGAAUGCCCAAAUCAAUUGGCGUGCAUUAAUCAGAAAUGCAAAGACCCAUGUCCUGGAACAUGUGGUACAGGAGCGGAAUGCAAAGUAGUUAGCCAUUCUCCACAGUGCAUCUGUCAGCCUGGUUAUACAGGAGAUGCGUUUAUAGAAUGCAAAAUUCUUGAUGUUCAGUUAAGACCAUGCUCACCAUCACCGUGUGGACCAAAUGCUGUUUGUAAAGAAUUAAGAGGAGCAGGCUCUUGUGUAUGUUUACCAGAUCAUAUAGGCAACCCUUAUGAAGGUUGUCGUCCUGAGUGCGCCGUUAAUUCAGACUGCUCGAUCAACUUAGCCUGCAUACAGAAUAAAUGUAAAAAUCCUUGCAUCAAUGUUUGUGGAAGAAAUGCUGUUUGCAACGUUGUUAAUCACACACCAAAAUGUGAAUGCUUAGAAGGGUUGACUGGAAGUCCUUAUCAAGAAUGUCACGAGAUAAAACAAUUACCCGCGGAGCAAACUAAUCCUUGCAAUCCGUCUCCAUGUGGUCCAAACAGUAUUUGUAAAGAAUCCAAUAAUCAGGCAUUAUGUACGUGCAAACCUGAAUACUUAGGUUCACCACCGUCAUGUCGACCUGAGUGUCUUGUAAGCUCAGAAUGCUCCCAACAAACAGCAUGUAUAAAUCAAAAAUGCAAGAAUCCUUGUGAAGGAGUAUGUGGAAAAAACACUGAGUGCAGAGUUAUUAAUCACAGUCCAGUUUGCUCAUGUCGACCACAACACACUGGUGAUCCCUUCAGUCAUUGUUAUAAAGUAAUUGAUUUGACAUUUGUUUCGUCUAACCCGUGCUUGCCAUCGCCAUGCGGACCAUACUCACAAUGUCGCGAUAUCAAUGGGUCCCCGUCUUGCUCUUGUCUAGAGCGUUAUAGUGGAAGUCCACCAAAUUGUCGUCCUGAAUGUACACUAAACUCGGACUGCCCUAGUGACAAGGCGUGUAUCAAUGAACAAUGUGUCGACCCAUGUCCUGGAUCCUGUGGUAUAAAUGCCGAGUGUAGAGUGCAAAGCCACAUCUCCAUCUGUACUUGUUACGCGGGUUAUACUGGCGAUCCUUUCAACAGUUGCUCCGUCAAACCAUUGAAAGAUGAAACACCCCAAGACCCCUGCAAUCCAUCCCCUUGCGGUUCUAAUGCAGAAUGUAAUAAUGGCAUCUGUACUUGUUUACCCGAUUAUAAUGGUGACCCGUAUUUUGGAUGUCGACCUGAAUGUACUUCAAGUUCCGAUUGUCCUUUGGAUAAAGCAUGUGUGAGGCAGCGAUGCAUAAAUCCAUGUGUUAAUACAUGUGGUGCGGGGGCUAUUUGUGAAGUCAUUAAACACAUGGCUAUUUGCACUUGUCCACUCAAAACAUCUGGAAACGCUUUCAUACAAUGUAAACCUGUACAAGAUGUAGUUCACAGCAAUCCUUGUCAACCUAGUCCCUGCGGACCAUAUAGCCAGUGUCGUAUUUACGGCGAACAAGCUGUUUGUUCAUGUCUGGGUGGAUAUUUGGGUUCACCGCCAGCUUGUCGGCCGGAAUGUGUUGGUAGUUCUGAUUGUCCAACAGACAAAGCAUGUAGCAACCAAAAAUGCAUAAACCCGUGCGUUGGAUCAUGCGGUGUUGCAUCCAAAUGUCAAGUCAUUAAUCAUAACCCUAUUUGCACUUGUCCAAACGGACUUACAGGAGAUCCAUUUACAAGAUGCAUGCGAAUCCCUAUAUCUGAUACUGUAGUAUCAACCAACCCAUGCCAACCAUCACCAUGUGGACCUAACUCUAUAUGUCAACCAUCUGAAUCAGAUAUUCCAUCCUGUCAGUGUAUGCCUGACUUUAUUGGUUCACCUCCAAAUUGUCGCCCAGAGUGUAUCGCGAACAGUGAAUGCGCUCAGCAAAUGGCAUGUAUCAAUCAAAAAUGUCAAAAUCCAUGCUUACAAGCAUGUGGGACUAAUGCAGAGUGCAAAGUCGUGAGCCAUACACCAAUGUGUAUAUGCCCUGAAGGCUACACAGGUGAUGCGUCGAUGCAAUGUUACCCCAACGCUCCUAUAAUUAAUGAACCCAUAUCUCCUUGUACUCCAUCACCUUGCGGACCCAACGCAGAAUGCAGGGAACGUUCAGGUGCUGGCGCUUGUUUCUGCAUUAAUGGUUACUUUGGAAAUCCAUAUGAGGGUUGUCAUCCCGAAUGUUUAGUAAACUCAGAUUGUCAAAGUAAUAAAGCGUGUUCAAGAAAUAAAUGCACUGAUCCUUGCCCAGGCACGUGUGCUGCCAAUGCCGAUUGUCAAGUAGUAAACCAUUCUCCAGUAUGCACUUGCCGCCCAGAAUACACCGGCGAUCCAUACAAGCAAUGUUUCUUCAAACCUCAAUCGGAUGUCCAGACAAAUCCAUGUGAACCUUCUCCGUGUGGUCCGAAUAGUCAAUGUAGAGUUUUAAACAGUCAAAGUGUUUGCUCUUGUUUGCCGGAGUACCGUGGCUCACCACCGAAUUGUAGACCAGAAUGUGUAGUGAGUACUGAGUGUCCAGCUGACAAAACCUGCAAAAAUCAGAAUUGCGUCUCACCGUGUCCCGAGCCUUGUGGUCAAAACACUGACUGCAAAGUAAUUAACCACAGUCCAAUAUGCACUUGCAAGUUAAAAUAUACUGGAGACCCCUUCUCAAAUUGCUACAGAAUAACAGCCCAAACAGCACCAACGGCAGAAACCGAUCCAUGCGUACCGUCACCGUGUGGCCCCAACUCUCAAUGCCAUAGUCUUCGAGGCAUUCCAUCCUGUUCAUGUUUGCCAAACUUUGAAGGAAGUCCUCCUAAUUGCCGACCAGAAUGUUCAAUAAACGAAGAGUGUUCUAGUAAUCUUGCAUGCUUUAAUCAGAAAUGUAAUGAUCCUUGUAAAGGGUCAUGUGGAAUCAAUGCUGACUGCCACGUUAUGAAUCACGUGGCCGUAUGUACUUGUGCUGAAGGUUUUACUGGUAACGCAUUCACCCAGUGUACGCGCGUACCACAAAAAGAUGAAGUUGAUUUAUGUAACCCUUCGCCGUGCGGUCCGAAUGCACAAUGUACAAACGGAAACUGUCAUUGCUUACCUGAAUUUCAAGGAGAUCCAUAUAUCGGUUGCCGUCCGGAAUGCACACAAAAUUCAGAAUGUGAUCAUAACAAAGCAUGUAUUCGAAACAAAUGCGUAGAUCCUUGUCCUGGAACAUGUGCUCGUACUGCUGUUUGUAAUGUUAUUAACCACAUCCCAAUGUGUAGUUGCCCUGAGCGUAUGACAGGCAAUGCAUUUUUAGAAUGUCGGCCAUUUUCAGAACCUAUGAAUAUUAAUCCGUGUCAGCCGUCUCCAUGUGGUCCAAACAGUCAAUGUAGAAGUGUCAAUGGUCAAGCAGCGUGCUCAUGUGCUCCUAACAACAUCGGCGCACCUCCAACUUGCCGUCCUGAGUGCACAAUAAGCGCAGAAUGUUCGCUUGACCAAGCGUGCAGCAACCAACGCUGCAUUAACCCUUGUAUCGGUGCUUGUGGCCAAAAUACUGAAUCCGAAAAAUCACCGGAGCCAAUCAAUGUUUGUACACCUUCACCUUGUGGGCCAUAUUCCUUAUGUAAGGAAUUUAAUGAAGUACCAACAUGCACAUGUUUAGAAGGUUAUCACGGCCAACCACCAUAUUGUAGGCCAGAAUGCAGCAGCAACGAAGAAUGUUCACCUCAGAUGUCAUGUCUUAAUAUGAAAUGUAAAAAUCCAUGCGAAGGCACCUGUGGAGCAAAUGCUGAAUGUAAAGUUGUGAGCCACUCACCAAUAUGCUUCUGUUCUUACGGUUAUACCGGAGAUCCUUUCUUUGGUUGUAUCCAAGAACCUUUACAAAUAGAACCUACAACAAGUCCAUGCUCACCUUCACCAUGUGGUGCUAACGCAGUCUGUAAAGAAAAAAACAAUGCUGGCUCAUGCAGCUGCAUUGAAGAUCAUGUUGGUAAUCCAUAUGAAGGGUGUCGGCCAGAAUGCGUUGUUAACACCGACUGCUCGUCCAAUCGAGCUUGUGUCAACAAUAAAUGCGUUGAUCCUUGCCCUGGCAGUUGUGGUAACAAUGCCGUAUGUCAAGUGGUAAACCAUGCGCCCCUUUGUACAUGUAUUAACGGAUACACAGGGGAUCCAUUUAGAUAUUGUAUUUACCAAGAACUACGACCUAUAUCAAACCCUAUCGACGCAUGUUACCCGUCACCAUGUGGCCCUAAUAGUCAAUGUAAAGCAGUAAAGGGACAAGCUGUGUGCUCAUGUCUAGAGGAAUACGUUGGAACUCCACCUAACUGCCGACCGGAGUGCAUCACAAGUUCCGAAUGCGCUCACGAUAAAGCUUGUGUUAACAACAGAUGCGUCAAUCCGUGUCCUACACCAUGUGGGGUUAAUACUGAUUGCAAGAUAGUUAAUCAUAGUCCAAUAUGUUCUUGUAGGAACGCGUACACUGGAGAUCCAUUUACUAUGUGUACUCCUAUAAGAUAUGAACUAUCACCUGCUACAAAUAUACCUUGCUUACCAUCUCCUUGUGGUCCAAAUGCUGAAUGUCGAAAUAUUGGAAAUAGUCCAUCAUGUUCAUGUUUACCCGGCUUUAUAGGAAGUCCUCCUAACUGCAGAGCGGAGUGUACAAUACACUCAGAUUGUCCCAGUGAUCGCGCUUGUAUAAUGUCUAAAUGUAGAGAUCCAUGUCCAGGUGCUUGUGGCAUAUCAGCCACCUGCAGAGUACUAAACCACAUACCUAUUUGUACAUGUGUAGAAGGCUACAUUGGUGACCCUUUCACUAGUUGCAAACUGAAACCUCUAGAAGUGGAGUCAACUCUUGUUGACACAUGCAUGGAUGUUCACUGCGGGUCUAAUGCUGAAUGUGUUAAUGGACAAUGUCAAUGUUUACCAGAGUUCCAUGGAGAUCCUUACUUUAAUUGUCGACCGGAGUGUGUUUUUAGUACCGAUUGCGACAAAGAUAAAGCCUGUAUAGAAAGAAAAUGUAUGGAUCCAUGCAUCGGUGCUUGCGGCCAAAAUGCAAACUGUCAAGUAGUUAAUCAUAUACCAAUGUGCAGUUGUAACAAUGGGUUCACAGGAAAUGCCUUUAUCAUAUGUAGCCCAAUCAGAGAACAACAAGCUGAAAAUCCUUGCAAUACUGAUAUAUGUGGACCGAACAGCCAAUGCAGGGAGAUAAAUAAUCAAGCAGUUUGCUCCUGUUUACCCACGUACUUGGGAGUACCUCCAGCCUGUAGGCCGGAAUGCGUUGUUAGUGCAGAAUGUCAACAAAAUCAAGCUUGUAUCAAUCAGAAGUGUGUUAACCCAUGCAUCGGAGCAUGUGGGUUAAGAGCAACUUGCGAAGUAAUUAAUCACAAUCCCAUCUGCACUUGCCCUUCGGGAUAUUCUGGCGAUCCUUUCAUCGAAUGUUUAUACGUAACAAGCGCACCCCAAAUCAUCAAUCCUUGUCAACCAUCACCUUGUGGCCCGAAUUCAAUUUGUAAAGAAAUUAACGGAAGUCCAUCAUGCACUUGUAUGCCCGAGUUUAAAGGUCAACCUCCUUACUGUAAGCCAGAGUGUAUAAGCAACAGUGAAUGUUCGACUCAUCUAGCGUGUAUAAACCAAAAAUGUAAAGAUCCGUGUACACAAGCCUGUGGCACGAAUGCGGACUGUCGCGUUGUUAGCCAUUCAGCAAUGUGUGUUUGUCCACAAGGCUAUGAAGGUGAUCCAUUUACUCAAUGUGUCCUCAGAGUAGCGGUCGAAAUUUUGACGCCGUGUCAACCUUCGCCUUGUGGACCUAAUGCAGUUUGCAAAGAACAAAAUAAUGUGGGAUCGUGCACAUGCAGUGAUGGUUACUUCGGAAAUCCAUAUGAAGGUUGUAGACCAGAAUGUGUCAGCGAUUCAGAUUGUCCAGGUAAUAAAGCCUGUAUUGGUAAUAAAUGCCAAGAUCCGUGUCCUGGUACAUGCGGAUUGUAUGCUGACUGCAACACUAUAAAUCACGCACCCACCUGUGUUUGUAAAGUAGGUUACACUGGUGAUCCCUUCCGACGAUGCAGUAUUAUUCUUGAAGAACCAACAUCUGUGAAUGUAUGUUCUCCAAAUCCCUGUGGACCAAAUAGUCAAUGUCGUGUCGUCAACGAUCAGGCUGUUUGUAGUUGCCUAUCAAACUACAUUGGUCAACCACCAUUGUGCAAACCAGAGUGUUUAUUAAACUCCGAAUGUCCUUCAAACGCAGCUUGCGUUAACCAAAAGUGUAUAAAUCCUUGCCCCGGCCCUUGUGGACAAAAGGCAGAAUGUCGCGUUUUCAAUCAUAACCCAAUUUGCAGUUGUAUUACGGGAUACACAGGUGAUCCAUUUACAAGAUGCUAUAUAAAGCCAGCUACUCAACCAGUGCUGGAUGAAACUAGAGACGCUUGUGUUCCAUCCCCCUGCGGAAUGUACGCUACAUGCUUAAAUAAAGGAGGUCAAGCUAUAUGCUCAUGUUCGCUUGGUUACUUUGGAAGUCCGCCAAAUUGUAGACCGGAAUGCGUGACAAAUCAAGACUGCAUUAGUUCGAAAUCAUGCAUUAACGAAAAAUGCGUUGACCCAUGCCCUGGAUCCUGUGGUCUUAAUGCACAAUGUUCAGUUAUUAAUCAUGUAGCUAUAUGUGCAUGUCAGGAAGGGUAUAAAGGCGAUCCAUUUACUUACUGCAAAAUAAAAACUGUUGAAGAAUCAGUACCAGUUGAUCUUUGUAACCCAUCACCAUGUGGUUCAAAUACCAAUUGCCGUAAUGGAGAAUGCUCUUGCCUACCAGAUUAUCAUGGUGAUCCAUAUAUCGGGUGUCGGCCAGAAUGCACAGUAAGCUCAGAUUGUGAUAGAAGUAAAAUUUGUGUAGGAAAGAAAUGUGUAAACCCAUGUCCAGAUACCUGUGGAAGUAACGCUGUGUGUGAAGUAAUAAAUCAUGUUCCAAUGUGUAGUUGUCCUGCAGGCUAUACCGGAAAUUCUUUUGUGUCUUGCAACAUAGUCCAAGACCCCUUGCCAGCAAACCCUUGUAAUCCAAGCCCAUGUGGACCGAAUAGCCAAUGUCGCGAAAUUAAUAACGUAGCAGUUUGCUCGUGUAUUCCUGGAUAUUUAGGAAACCCUCCGACGUGUAGACCUGAAUGUACCACUAGUGCCGAGUGUCCACUAAACAAAGCCUGCAAUAAUUAUAAAUGUCUCAAUCCGUGCAAUGGAGCUUGCGGAGUGAACGCGCAUUGUGAAGUUGUGAAUCAUAAUCCAAUUUGCUCAUGCGCCAAUGAUUUUACAGGAGAUCCGUUCAGUAGAUGUAUUCCAAGACCUCUUGAACUACCAAUUCAAGUUAAUCCCUGUGAACCGACACCCUGUGGUCCUAACUCAAUUUGUCACACUGUAAAUAAUUCACCCUCUUGCACAUGUUUGCCUGAAUUUAUCGGAGUACCACCAAAUUGUCGCCCAGAAUGUACAAGCAACAGCGAGUGUCAAAACCACAUGGCUUGCAUUAAAAAUAGGUGCGGAGACCCGUGUCAAGGGGCUUGUGGGCAGAUGGCACAAUGCCGUGUUGUAAGUCAUACGCCGAAUUGCAUCUGUCCUCCUGGGUAUACUGGAGAUCCCUUUAUAAACUGCAUUCAAAGUAUAUUAUCUCAAGAAAUAUUAUCACCGUGUACUCCGUCGCCUUGUGGAAGCAACGCUAUCUGCAAAGAAAAGAAUAAUAUUGGUUCAUGUGUUUGUUCGCCUGGCUAUUUUGGUAAUCCAUAUGAAGGCUGCCGUCCAGAAUGUAGCGUAAAUACGGAUUGUCCUUCAAACAAAGUGUGCCAACAAAACAAAUGUCAAGAUCCAUGUCCAGGUACAUGUGGCACAAAUGCGGAAUGUCACACAAUAAGCCAUUCACCAAUAUGCUCUUGUCUGCGAGGCUAUACUGGAAAUCCAUUCCAAAAUUGUGUAAUAAUUCAAGAUAUUGAACGACCGUCGAACCCAUGCAGCCCAUCCCCUUGUGGUGCGAAUAGUGAAUGUAAAAUAUUAAAUGAGCAGGCUCUAUGCAAGUGUUUGCCAGAUUAUCAAGGCACUCCUCCUAACUGUAGACCUGAAUGUGUCAUUAGUUCUGAAUGUCCAACUAAUAGAGCAUGUGUAGCACAAAAAUGUAUUGAUCCAUGUGUUGGACAAUGUGGGCAAAAUACUAAGUGUCAAGUGAUAAACCACAGCCCAAUAUGUACAUGUAGAGAACAACACACGGGUGAUCCUUUUAGCCGAUGUUAUCCGAUCAUUGUUUUAGCCCCAUCUCAAGCUGAACAACCAAAACACCCAUGUCUGCCUUCACCGUGUGGUCCAUAUAGUGAAUGUAAAGUGAUUGAUAGCAUUCCUUCUUGCACUUGCUUACCUAACUUUAUCGGAUCACCGCCUAGCUGUCGUCCAGAAUGCUUAAUAAGUGCUGAUUGUCCUAGCGACUUGGCGUGUAUUAGUCAAAAAUGUAAAGAUCCUUGUCCUGGUUCGUGUGGACUGAAUGCACAGUGUAUAGUGAAAAAUCACAUGCCUAUUUGCACCUGUAUUGAUAACUACGUUGGCGACGCGUUUACUGAGUGCAAACGAAAAGAAAUUACACACGAUGAAAUUGAUUUGUGUAAUCCAUCACCUUGCGGGGCAAACGCUAUUUGCACUGAAGGCGAAUGUUCUUGUCUUCCUGAAUACCAAGGUGAUCCUUACUUCGAAUGUCGGCCGGAAUGUGUGCUUAGUUCAGAUUGCGCACACGACAAAACGUGCUACAGAAACAAAUGCGUAAAUCCCUGUAACAGUGGAGUAUGUGCCAGCAAUGCAGUUUGUGAAGUCAUUAACCACGUACCUAUGUGUAGAUGUCCAGAAAACAUGGCUGGUAAUGCUUUCGUACAGUGCACUCAGGUUGAAGUUGAGAAAACAAGACCCUGCCAACCGAGUCCUUGUGGACCAAACAGUCAGUGUAGAGAAAUAAACGGACAAGCAGUGUGCUCUUGUUUAGAAGGUUUCAUCGGCCAGCCGCCUUCGUGCAGAUCUGAAUGUAUACUUAGUAGCGAUUGUUCGCCUGAUGAAGCUUGCAGCAAUAGAAAAUGUAUAAAACCAUGUCAAGGAGCAUGCGGAGUAGACGCAAAAUGUCAAGUUAUAAACCAUAACCCUAUUUGCUCUUGCCCGCCAUCUUAUACUGGAAAUCCAUUCGUCAGAUGUGUCAUGCAAGAGUUUAAACCAGAAAUUUUAAAUCCGUGUAUUCCUUCACCAUGCGGUCCUAAUUCUGUUUGCAAAGAAACAUUAAGUUCUGCUUCGUGUUCAUGUCUCGCUGGAUUUAUAGGCGCACCACCUUACUGUAAACCAGAAUGUAUCAGUAAUACUGAAUGUCCGACAAACAAAGCUUGUAUAAAUGAAAAAUGUGUUGACCCUUGUAUCGGAACAUGUGGGUCUAAUACUAAUUGUCAUGUUAUCAGCCACUCGCCGUCAUGCGCUUGCUUGCCAGAUUACACGGGAGAUCCUUUCAUAGAAUGUCUUAAAAUAGAAUUUAUUCAAGAAACCUUAACCCCUUGUCAACCAUCACCUUGUGGUGCAAAUGCUGUUUGUAAAGAAUUUAAUGGAGCCGGCGCCUGUGCUUGCCUACCAGAUUUCCAUGGCAAUCCUUAUGAAGGUUGUCGCCCUGAAUGUGUUAUAAAUACUGACUGUCCGUCAAGCAAAGCAUGUCUUCAGAAUAAAUGCCAGGAUCCAUGUCCCGGAGCAUGUGCCUUAAAUGCAAUUUGCCAAGUAGUAAAUCACGCACCGUCGUGUUCAUGCAUCCGCGGUUACUCUGGAGAUCCAUUUAGACACUGCUCUCCAAAAGACGAAGAAAAACCUAUUAAUGUUUGUCAACCGUCCCCAUGUGGUCCGAAUAGUCGCUGUCAAGAAGUAAAUAGUCAAGCCGUGUGUUCCUGUCUAGCUAAUUACAUCGGUUCGCCUCCUGGAUGCCAUCCGGAAUGCACAAUAAGCACAGAGUGUCCCAAAAACAAAGCGUGUAUAAACCAAAAAUGUGAAGACCCUUGUCGCGACGCUUGUGGAUUAAAUACAGAAUGCCGUGUUAUAAAUCAUAGGCCCAUAUGUACAUGUUUAUCACGCUACACUGGAGAUCCACUCACAAGAUGCUACCCUAUGCCACCUCCUGUUGCUAAUGCUGAAUUAGAACCAUACAAGAAUCCCUGUUUACCAUCACCUUGCGGUCCUAACUCCAUCUGUCAAGAGGUUGGAGACAUACCGUCGUGUACAUGUAUGGCCAAUUACAUCGGAAGCCCACCGAACUGCAGACCGGAAUGUACACUGAAUUCAGAUUGCCCUUCGUCGCAAGCUUGUAUACAUCAAAAAUGCAGAGAUCCCUGCCUAGGUUCAUGUGGUAUAAACGCACUGUGCACUGUCUCUCGACAUACACCUACUUGCACUUGUCCAGAAGGCUAUACUGGUGAUGCCUUCAACGUUUGCAAUCUGAAACCACCUGUUAAAGACGAAGUUUACGAUAAAUGUAAUCCAUCGCCGUGCGGAACAAACGCAGUAUGUAAAGAUGGUACAUGCACUUGCAUUCAAGAACACGAAGGCGACCCUUACAUUGGUUGCCGACCUGAAUGUGUACUGAGCACGGACUGCCCAAGAAAUAAGGCGUGUGUAAGAAACAAAUGCGUGGAUCCGUGCACAAAUACAUGCGCUGCAACAGCUGUUUGCGAAGUCAUUAACCACGUACCUAUGUGCAGCUGCCCUCAAGGAAAAACAGGAAAUGCUUUCUAUAGUUGCGAUCCAAUAACGGUGCCACUUGUGACAAAUCCAUGUCAUCCUUCUCCUUGCGGACCUAAUAGUCAAUGCAGAGAAAUAAAUGGACAAGCUGUAUGUACAUGUGUGUCAGGAUAUAUAGGCAGUCCGCCAUCUUGUCGACCAGAAUGUGUCGUUAGCUCUGAUUGCCCACCUAACAGAGCCUGCAGUAACCAGAAAUGCAUAAAUCCAUGUGAAGGCUCGUGUGGAGUUGAAGCAAAAUGUGAAGUUAUAAAACAUAACCCAAUUUGCACGUGCCCACCCAAAUAUACAGGAGAUCCUUUUGUAAGAUGUGUGCCGUUUAGGGCUCCCUUAGCCGACGUAUCUCCAUGCUCUCCAUCUCCAUGUGGCCUUAAUGCGAUUUGUAAAGAAGUAUCAGGAUCGCCUUCAUGCGCUUGCUUACCAAACUUCUUUGGAUCGCCACCAUAUUGUCGACCAGAAUGCUCUUCAAACAGUGAAUGCCCCUCUGACAAAGCAUGUAUAAAUCAAAAAUGUAAAGAUCCUUGUACAAAUGCAUGUGGACUAAACGCACAAUGUAAAACAAUCAGUCACUCCCCGAUGUGCUUCUGUGAGUCAGGGUAUACAGGAGAUCCUUUCAGCCAUUGCAAGCUUCAACAAGAAUCGAUUCCAGAAAAAACGACUCCUUGUAUUCCAUCACCAUGCGGUCCUAAUGCUGAAUGCAAAGAACGUGAAUCAGUUGGUUCCUGUAGUUGUAUAUCUGAAUAUAUUGGAAACCCAUACGAAGGAUGUCGACCUGAAUGUACAGUAAAUACCGACUGUGUUCAAAAUAAAGCGUGUAUUCGAAAUAAAUGCCAAGACCCGUGUCCAGGUACUUGCGGAGUUUUCGCCACAUGUACAGUUGUCAACCAUUUACCCUCUUGCUCCUGUCCAUCUGGAUAUACAGGAGAUCCGUAUCGCCAAUGCGAUCUCUUAAAAGAGUCAUCACCAGCACCAGUGACCCCAUGUGUACCAAAUCCGUGUGGUCCUAACAGUGUAUGCCGUCCAGCAAACGGACAAAGUGCAUGCUCAUGUAUGGCUGGCUAUAUAGGUUCUCCGCCUGGAUGUCGACCGGAAUGUACAAUUAGUUCAGAGUGUCCGUCUGACAAAGCGUGUGUUAACCGUAAAUGCGUAGAUCCAUGUCCUAAUCAUUGCGGGACGAACACAAAUUGUAGAGUUAUAACACAUAGCCCAAUAUGCUCUUGUAGACUAGGAUUUACAGGAGAUCCAUUCACCCGUUGUUAUAAACUACCUUUAGUACAACAUAUCCCUGAACCGCAACAAAAUCCAUGUUUACCGAAUCCUUGUGGAGAAAACGCUCUUUGUCGAGACAUUAAUGGUUUCCCUUCAUGUAGUUGCAUGCCUGAUUUCGAAGGUCUUCCUCCAAACUGUAGGCCACAGUGCGCAAUUAAUGAAGAUUGUCUAUCAGACAAGGCAUGUAUAAACAUGAAAUGUAAGGAUCCAUGCCCUGGUAGCUGCGGACAAAAUGCAGUUUGCACAGUAUUUAACCAUUACCCAGCGUGUACUUGUUCUCAAGGCUAUACAGGUGAUCCUUUCACCCGCUGUUAUGUAAUUGAACCAGUUCACGAAGAGUUGCCGCUCGACCCCUGUAACCCAUCGCCGUGUGGAUUCAACGCUUUGUGCUCAAAUGGUGUCUGUACAUGUUUACCUGAAUAUAAAGGAGAUCCAUACGUAGGAUGUAAACCAGAAUGUGUUACAAAUAUGGACUGUGCAUUAGACAAAGUGUGCUCAAGGAACAAAUGCGUCAACCCAUGUCCUGGAACGUGUGCCUCGAAUGCAAUUUGCACUAUUUACAACCAUAUUCCUAUCUGUACUUGUCCAGAAAAUAUGUCUGGCAAUGCUUUCACCGAGUGCCAUAUGAACGAAGUUGCUGAAGUUCAUCCGUGCAACCCAAGUCCAUGCGGACCAAACAGCCAGUGUCGUGAAAUAAAUAAUCAAGCAAUUUGUUCUUGUUUACCCUCAUUCAUUGGCACACCACCAUCCUGUAGACCUGAAUGUACAAUAAGUGCCGAAUGUCCUCCAGACGAGGCUUGCAACAAUCAAAAAUGCAUAAAUCCGUGCAAGGGUAGUUGCGGGUAUGGGGCAAGAUGUGAAGUUAUCAACCAUAACCCUAUUUGUUCAUGUCCUCCUCAACACACAGGCGAUCCGUUUACACGCUGUAUUCCAAUAGUUUCUACGCCACUGCCACCAAUAGACCCAUGUACACCGUCACCAUGUGGCCCAUAUUCAUCAUGCAAAGUUAUCGGGGAGUCACCAUCCUGCACAUGUCAAACCGCUUAUAUCGGCGCUCCGCCAAACUGCCAUCCAGAAUGCAGCAGUAAUUCUGAAUGUCCUACUAAUUUGGCAUGUGUUAACCAGAAAUGUAAAAAUCCAUGUCCUGGUAGUUGUGGAUAUAACGCUGACUGCAAGAUUGUAAGCCACGCGCUGAUUUGUUCCUGUCCAUACGGGCAGACUGGAGAUCCACUUAUUUCGUGUAAUCCAUUAAAAGAUACAAUUAUAGAGUAUAGUUCGCCAUGCGAUCCUUCACCUUGCGGACUAAAUGCCAUAUGCACAGAAAGAAAUGGGGCUGGAUCUUGCAAAUGUGUUGAUUCCUAUGUUGGCAAUCCAUAUGAAGGCUGUCGCCCAGAAUGUGUUAUAAACAGCGAUUGCCCCCCGACAUUGGCAUGUAUUCAAAAUAAAUGUAAAGAUCCUUGUCCAGGUAUUUGUGCUCUUAAUGGAAUUUGCCAAGUCAUUAACCAUCUCCCUUCAUGUUAUUGUCCACCCGGACUUACGGGAGAUGCAUAUUCCUUCUGCAAAGAAUAUGAAGAAGUUGUUAAGGCUACACCUUGUACACCAUCGCCCUGCGGUCCUAACAGUCAAUGUCAGGAAGUAAAUUCUCAAGCUGUAUGCAGCUGUCAGACUGAUUUCAUUGGCACUCCGCCAAACUGUCGACCCGAAUGUACAAUUAAUAGCGAAUGCGUCAGCGAUAAAGCUUGUAAAAAUCGUAAAUGUGUCGAUCCAUGCAUUAAUCAAUGUGGAAGAAAUGCUAAUUGCAGAGUUAUAGCUCAUAAUCCAAUUUGCUCGUGUCAAGAACAAUUUACUGGCGAUCCAUUCACUAAUUGCGUGCCAAUAAUAGUAUCUAUAUCAACGGUAGCACAAGAAGUCAAUCCGUGUGUACCUUCACCAUGCGGACCAAAUGCAUUAUGUCAGGAACAUAAAGGCACUGCGCGGUGCACAUGUCUACCAAACUAUAUAAGCACUCCACCUCGAUGUAGGCCAGAAUGUACAGUCAACUCUGAAUGCAAUGCGAUAAUGGCAUGUAUUAACAACAAAUGUGUCGAUCCCUGUCCGGGAGCUUGCGGCAAUAAUGCUCAGUGCCACGUUAACAAUCAUAUGCCUAUAUGUUCGUGUGUACCUGGCUACACCGGAGAUCCAUUCACAAAUUGUCUUCCAAUGCGGGGAGAAGCUGAGCCGGUCGAUCCCUGCCAUCCUUCCCCAUGCGGUCCAAAUGCAAUUUGUGAAGAUGGUGCUUGUAAAUGUUUACCCGAGUACCAAGGAGAUCCUUAUUUCGGUUGCAAACCGGAAUGCAUACUUAAUUCAGACUGUUCACGAGACAGGGCAUGUAUAAAUAAUAAAUGUAGCAAUCCAUGCACCGGAACUUGUGGAACCGAUGCAAUAUGUGAAGUCAUAAAUCAUAUACCUAUGUGUUCAUGUCCGUCGGGAAUGACUGGAUCUCCAAUGUUUUAUUGCACUAAAAUAAAAGAAACGUCAACCCCAGAAAACCUAUGUCAGCCAUCACCUUGCGGCCCAAAUAGUCAAUGCAGAGAAAUAAAUGGGCAUGCUGUAUGCGUAUGCAUUCAAGGAUACACUGGCAGCCCACCUAAUUGCCGCCCUGAAUGCACUGUCAGCUCUGACUGCAAAUUGAACGAAGCUUGUUCCAAUCAAAAAUGUAUUAACCCAUGUCCUGGUGCUUGCGGAAGAAACACUAACUGUCUUGUUGUUAACCAUAACCCAGUGUGUAGUUGCUUGCCUGGGUAUUCUGGAGAUCCAUUUUCAAUUUGCCAACCGAUACCUGCCACACCGCCAAUCACAGUUAAUCCAUGCUUACCUUCCCCUUGUGGACCAAAUUCUCAAUGCAUUGAAAAUGGUGACAAAGCAGAUUGUAAAUGUUUAUCAGAUUUCAUUGGCGCACCACCUAACUGUCGUCCCGAAUGCACAAGCAAUUCAGAAUGUUCUCCUAUCACGUCAUGUAUAAACAGAAAGUGCAGAGAUCCAUGUCUAGGUUCAUGUGGAAUUAACGCCGAAUGUAGAGUAGUGAGUCACACGCCCAUAUGUUUGUGUCAAAAUGGCUACACUGGGGAUCCUUUCAUACAUUGCAGCAUACAAGUGGCUUUUGCAAUACAAGAACGUCCUACACCUUGCGUACCUUCUCCUUGUGGUACUAAUGCAGAAUGCAAGGAACAAAACAACGUCGGAUCGUGUACGUGUCAACCCGGCUACUUUGGAGAUCCUUACUUGGCGUGUAAACCUGAAUGCUUAAUCAACUCUGAUUGCCCUUCAAACCAGGCAUGUUACCAAAACAAAUGUCAUGACCCUUGCCCUGGCACAUGUGGUAUUAACGCAAUAUGCAACGUAGUUAAUCACAUCCCCACUUGCAGCUGCGUCGACCAACAUUAUGGUGAUCCAUAUAAAAUAUGUACAUUCAAAAUAUAUGAAGAUAAUUCUGACCCUUGUAAUCCAUCGCCAUGUGGUCCUAAUAGUCAAUGCAAAAAUAAAAAUGGAUUGGCGAUAUGCACUUGCUUGAGUAACUACCAAGGAUCGCCCCCUACCUGCCGACCGGAGUGUCUGACCAGUUCUGAAUGCCCCCUUGACAAAACCUGUGAGAACUUUAAGUGUAUAUCACCUUGUCCUAAGGGCUGUGGUAUUAAUACUGAAUGUAGGGUCAUUAAGCAUAAUCCAAUUUGCACAUGUAAACCUAAAUAUAGUGGAGAUCCAUUUUCUGUUUGCUACGCUGUCGUUGAAACAUCACCUAUAAUUAUGGAACAAGUCAAUCCAUGCGUACCAUCACCCUGCGGAUUGAACGCCGAAUGUCGUGAUGUCGGUGGUAUUCCUUCUUGCACAUGUCGAAACGGAUUUCUUGGAAGCCCACCAAAUUGCCAGCCUGAGUGCGUGGUAAAUACUGACUGUAGCAAUGAUAAAGCCUGCAUAAAUAUGAAAUGUCAAAACCCAUGUCAAGGUUCUUGUGGAGUGGAUGCUUUGUGUAAUGUGAUUAAUCAUGGACCUGUCUGUUCUUGCCCAGUCGGUUACCAAGGCGAUCCAUUUGUGAGUUGUCGCAUGAAACCACAAGAAUUACCUCAGAAAACUGACCCUUGCCAUCCUUCACCGUGUGGCUCCAACGCUCAAUGUAAUAACGGUGUUUGCACUUGCCUGCCUGAGUACUAUGGAGAUCCGUAUUACAGCUGUCGACCCGAAUGUGUUCUCAGUUCUGACUGCUCGCCUGAUAAGGCAUGCAUACAGUUUAAAUGUAUGAAUCCAUGUCGAGAUAUGUGUGGAGAGAACGCUGAAUGUAACGUAUACAAUCACGUCGCUGUAUGUAGUUGUCCAAGUGGUAUGACGGGCGAUGCUUUUGUACGGUGUGCUAAAGUAGACAAACCGAUAACCAGGCCCUGUGAACCUUCGCCAUGCGGGCCAAAUAGCAUAUGCAGGGAAGCACAAGGUCAAGCUACUUGUGCAUGUAUAAACGGUUACGUAGGCAAUCCACCAAACUGUAGACCAGAGUGUAUUCAAAGCUCAGAUUGUUCGCCAUCUCUCGCUUGCAUUAAUAGAAAAUGUCAAGAUCCUUGUCCUGGUUCGUGUGGACAUAAUGCCAUUUGCAAAGUUUAUAAUCACAAUCCUGUGUGCACAUGUCCGUCCAAACUUACCGGAUCGCCAUUCACCCAUUGCUAUGCUCAAAUAUUAGACGAAACACCGUUAAAUCCUUGUGUACCGUCUCCAUGUGGACCUAACAGCAUUUGUACACCUGCAGCGAACAGAGAUUCGCCAAUCUGUUCCUGUCAACCAACAUUCGAAGGAUCGCCACCGAACUGUCGUCGAGAAUGUACAACAAGUGAAGAAUGUUCCACAGAUAAAGCAUGUAUUAACUAUAAAUGCAGGGAUCCUUGUCCCGACUCAUGUGGUUCACAAGCAAUAUGCACUGUUCGUCUGCAUACAGUUAUGUGUUCAUGUCAAGAAGGAUACACUGGUGAUCCAUUCACUGCUUGUGUCCCAAAAAUGCAACAAAUAGAAACAACAGAUCCCUGUGACCCAUCGCCAUGCGGUGCCAACGCGCGAUGUAAACUUUCAAGAAAUGGCAUAGCUGCCUGUGUAUGUGAGCAAGGAUACUUUGGAAAUCCGUAUGAGUUUUGCAGGCCUGAAUGCGUUUUAGACAACGAUUGUCCAUUUGAUAAAGCUUGUCGUAAAAAUAAAUGUGAGGAUCCAUGUCCUGGAGUUUGUGGAGCAACAGCGACGUGUCAUGUCAUUAAUCAUAUACCUUCGUGUAAUUGCGCGGCGGGAUACACUGGAAAUCCAUAUCAAUAUUGUCACAUCAUAAUAAGAGAUCCAGAACCCACGACCAACAACCCAUGCACACCAAACCCAUGUGGAAGUAAUUCAGUAUGCAAGAGCAAUGAUGGUUUGGUGUCUUGCUCAUGUUUGCCCGGAUUCUUCGGCACUCCCCCCAGUUGUCGACCAGAAUGCACUGUAAACUCUGAAUGUGAAUCAACUAAGAGCUGUGUGAACCAGAAAUGCGUUGAUCCCUGUAUUGGUGUCUGCGGACAAAAUGCUGAAUGCAGAGUUAUAAAUCAUUCACCUAUUUGUUCAUGCCGUAAAGGUUUUGAAGGGGACCCAUUCAUUAGGUGUGCAGCUAUUGAAAAAGUGCAAUCUGCUGAAAUAAAUCCGUGCGUACCGUCACCAUGUGGCCCGAACUCUUUGUGCCAAGCAAUAAAUAAAGUUCCGACGUGUACUUGUAUAGAAAAUUAUAUGGGAACGCCUCCAAACUGCAGGGCAGAAUGUACAGUUAAUUCCGAAUGUCCAAGUACAUUGGCUUGUAUAAAUCAACGAUGCCGCGAUCCAUGUCAAGGAUCAUGUGGGCUGCAAACAGUAUGUCAAGUUCACCAGCAUGCCGCUAUUUGCAGUUGCAUUGAAGGAUACACUGGUAACCCAUUCCAGAGUUGUUAUGUCAAAGAAAGUAUAGAUCUCGUGCCAACAGAGUAUGAUAAGUGCAAUCCGAGCCCGUGCGGGGCAAACGCAGACUGCAAUAACGGACUGUGUACUUGUAAACCAAAUUUCUUCGGCAAUCCUUAUUUGAGUUGUCGGCCUGAAUGCUCUCAUAAUUCCGACUGUGCUCUGAAUUUAGUGUGCAUCAAUAACAAAUGUAUGAAUCCAUGCACCAACUUAUGCGGCCAAGGUGCCCUGUGCGAAGUGUAUAACCAUAUUCCUAUGUGCUCAUGUCCACCAAAUACGACUGGAAAUGCGUUCUUCUCUUGUACUGCAAUUACAGUUCAACCAGAAAUGAAGAACCCAUGCAUGCCAUCACCUUGUGGUCCAUACAGCACAUGUCGAACUAUGAACGAACAAGCAAUUUGCUCGUGUUUAAUUGGAUACGUGGGAUUACCACCUUCAUGUAGACCUGAAUGCUUAAUGGAUUCUGAUUGCACAAGUCUAAUGUCUUGCUCUAAUCAAAAAUGUAUUGACCCCUGCCUAGGAACUUGUGGUCUUAAUGCGGAAUGCAAAGUACAUUAUCAUAAAGCUAUCUGUUACUGCCGAAGUGGUUAUACUGGUGAUCCUUUCACUCAAUGCACAUUUAUAAUACCAGAUGAAAUCCCACCAAUAAAGUCUGCAUGCGAACGAUCUACUUGUGGUCCAUAUUCAAUAUGCAAAGUUGUAGCAAAUUCACCGUCAUGUUCAUGUAUGCCAGAAUAUGUCGGAUCACCACCUUAUUGUCGCCCAGAAUGUAUAUCAAAUAGCGACUGCAGUUUUGAUAAGUCUUGUAUAAACAAUAAAUGUGCAGAUCCAUGUGUUGGGGCUUGUGGUAUUAAUGCUAUCUGUAGAGUUAUAAGCCACUCGCCGCAGUGCAGGUGUGAACCAAACUAUGAAGGUGACGCAUUUGAUCAAUGUCAUCCUAUAAAAGUUGCAAAUUACCCAUCCGAUUCGAAUAAACCCUGUUCACCGAAUCCUUGCGGUCCAAAUGCGAUAUGUCAAGAGCGUAACAAUGCCGCUAGCUGCACAUGUAUCAGUGGGUACUUUGGAGAGCCUAACGAAGGGUGUAGACCAGAAUGCGUAAUUAACUCAGAUUGCUCUGAUCAUCUUGCAUGCAUAAACAACAAAUGUCAAGAUCCAUGUCCAGGAUUAUGUGGCUUUAACGCUCGAUGUCAAGUGGUCAAUCACGUGCCUAAAUGUAUUUGCAUAUCCGGAUAUGUUGGUAAUCCCUAUGAUAGUUGCCGUAUAAUAGAAGAAACACCAUCAGAUCCAUGCAAUCCAUCACCUUGUGGGCCAUACAGUAUUUGCAAAAAUCUGAAUGGAAAAGCGAUCUGCACUUGCUUACGUGAAUACAUUGGUAAUCCACCUAACUGUCGUCCUGAGUGUGUAACGAGUCCAGAAUGUCCUCUCAACAAAGCUUGCGUUAAACAGAAGUGUAUAGACCCUUGUAUUGGAACCUGUGGAGAAAACGCGCAAUGCCGUACUCAUCAUCAUAGCCCGUAUUGCACUUGUCCGGUUGGCUUUGAAGGAGAUCCAUUUUCAUUGUGUGUAAAAACUGUUGUAAAACCGACAAUAACUACUCCAUGUGAACCUAACCCCUGCGGUCCUUUCGCAACAUGUAGAGACGUAGAUGGCACAGCUAUAUGCAGUUGUAAAGCAGGAUAUGUUGGUAUUCCACCGAAGUGUGGCCCAGAGUGUACAAUUAAUGAAGACUGUCCUAAGGAUAAAGCAUGUGUAAGAGAAAAAUGUGUCGAUCCUUGUAUUGGAUCUUGUGGAAUUAACACCAACUGCCGUGCAAUGAACCAUCUAGCUAUCUGCACUUGCUUACCUCGUUAUCGAGGCGAUCCGUUCGUAGGAUGCUAUAUUUAUAAAGAAAAUGAGCCACUACCAAGAGAUCCUUGUGUUGAAUCUCCAUGCGGGGUCAAUGCAGUAUGUAACAACGGAACUUGUACAUGUAUUUCUGGAUAUCAUGGAAACCCUUACAUCGAGUGCCGACCAGAAUGCACGACCGACAACGACUGUGGAAAACAACUAACUUGCAUCAAUUACAAAUGUGUUAAUCCAUGUAAGAAUGCAUGUGGUUUGGACGCAAUCUGCAAUGUCCACAACCAUAUAGCAAUAUGUGAGUGUCCAGUACCAUUGCAAGGAGAUCCUUUCAUUGCUUGUCAUCGCGCUAUAGAGCAAGCUGUGGCAGAUCCAUGUUCACCAAAUCCCUGUGGACCCAACAGCAUAUGUAGAGCUAGCGGUACGGUAGCUCACUGCUCAUGCCGACCGCCAAUGUAUGAUGAGCCGCCAACCUGCCGACCUGAAUGCCGUGUUAAUUCUGAUUGUCCACCAGACCGCGCUUGUCGCAAUGGGAAAUGUCACGAUCCUUGCCCAGGCGCUUGCGGUUCACACGCUAUAUGUCGUACAUCGAUGCAUUCACCUAUUUGUAGUUGCCCAGUGCGCUAUACAGGCGAUCCAUUUACGCGCUGUUUACCAAUCGCUUUCGAUACAGAUUCGAAGAAUGUGUCACCAUGUCGAGAUUGCGGACCAAAUGCAGAAUGCGUCGAUGGACAAUGUCGCUGCAGAAUCAACUUUUUCGGAGCACCUCCGUUCUGUCGUUACGAAUGUCUCAGUUCCAGUGACUGUGACUGGCGUCUCACGUGCUUAAACAAACGUUGCGUUGAUCCGUGCCCUGGUGCUUGCGGCCAAGGCGCUACUUGUACUUCCAUCGCGCACAAUCCUCGCUGUGAUUGCCCUCCAAAAACAACAGGAAAUCCUCUUUACGCAUGUCGACCCAUCGAAACAAUUCAAAUAUCACAAAACACACCAUGUAAUCCAUCGCCCUGUGGUCCUGGUGCUAUCUGUAAAACUAAAGGAAGAGGCGCGACGUGUGAAUGCGAACCGAGAUUACGAGGCGACCCUUACUUCGGAUGCAGACCGGAAUGUCUCGCGGACUCUGAUUGUUCACCAACAAGAGCAUGUAUGCGCUCGCACUGCCGCGACCCCUGCGAGGGCACUUGCGGUAUAGGAGCAGAAUGUGAAACUGUCAACCACAUCCCACUUUGUUCGUGUCCAUCGGGUACUAGAGGAAAUGCUUUCGUGAAAUGCGACCCUAUCCCGCCAGCGCUUCCAUGUACACCGUCACCGUGCGGUCCUGGUGCAUUGUGCUCUGAAUCUGGCAAAACUGCCGUGUGCUCUUGUCCGAGUGGAACAAGCGGUGAUGCAGCAACUACUGGUUGCCGGCCAGAGUGCGUUGUCAGUUCAGAAUGUCCUCGUGAUCGUGCUUGUGUUCGCAACAAAUGCAUUGAUCCAUGUAUUGGUGCUUGUGGAAACGGCGCUACUUGCCGGGUCUUCGAUCAUGCCCCAAUAUGUUCGUGCCCACCCUUAACUACAGGAGAUCCGUUCCUUAAUUGUAGAACUGUAUCACCAUCCGUGCACGACCCAUGCGAUCCUAAUCCUUGUGGACCUAGAGGGACAUGCCGCGACGGUACCUGUACUUAUUACGAAUGUACUGUUAACGAUGAUUGCCCUGGCGAUCGCUCCUGUAUCAACAGAAAAUGUGCAGAUCCAUGUAUUAACGCGUGCGGUCUCAACGCAAUUUGCACAGGAAUCAGACAUACCGCUGUAUGUUCAUGCCCUCCUGGUUACACUGGUAAUUCCUUCGUACGCUGCCACCGCAUUACUACAACCACGGUAGAAACACCAAAGCCUGAAUGCGUAAAUGACGAACAAUGUCCUGAUAUAUCAGCUUGCGUUAACUCUAGAUGUGUACCAGUAUGUGGACCAAGUAAUUGUGGCCUUAACGCUAAUUGUGUUGGCAAGCAACACAGAGCUCGCUGUACUUGUUUACCAGGUUACGAAGGAGACGCAUACUCGGGAUGUUACUCUGUUCAAUGUCAUAGUAAUAAUGACUGCCCUGAUGAUGAAAGCUGUGAAAGUGGAUCAUGUGUUAAGGUUUGUUCACGUUUGCGCUGUGGACUUGAAGCUCAUUGUAUCGCACGUGGACAUAGUGCUUCAUGUGAAUGCAAUCCUGGAACUCAGGGAAAUCCAUGGACCUCUUGCCGUAGAGACGAAUGUACAAUAGAUGAAGAUUGUCCGAGUUGGCUGGCCUGUAGAUCAAAGACCUGCCAGGAUCCUUGUCCCGGAGCUUGCGCACAGGGCGCACUAUGUACUGUCAUGCGCCAUGCUCCGAUCUGUGAGUGCCCACGAGGUACACAAGGCAACCCAAGAAUUAAAUGUGAACUGGUGCUAUCGACUGUGGAAUGUGACAGCGAUGCUGAUUGUGGACCAGAUCUAGCAUGUCUACAAGGUUCAUGCAAGAAUCCAUGUGAUGCAAACACAUGUGGAGAUCGCGCAACAUGCCGCGUUGCCAACACGUUACCGUUCCGCACACUUGUGUGCGAAUGUCCGAAACCUCUUACUGGGGAUGCAUCUAUUCAGUGUGUGCCAAGACCGCAAUGUGAGCAAGACAACGAAUGUGGCGAUGAAGAGCACUGCUCUAACGGACGAUGUGUUGCUGUAUGUGACGGACGCGCGUGUGGCGCUGGUGCGGAAUGCCGUGCACAAGCUCACCGCGCCUCCUGCCGCUGUGCACCACCACUGCAGGGUGACGCCAAUGUGGCCUGCACGCCAGGAGCAGAAGGAGCGGGCUGCAGUUCAGACACAGAUUGUGGUUCGACGGAGGCGUGCGUGGCGCGUCGCUGCGUGGCAGCUUGCGCGGGUGCGUGCGGCCCGGGGGCCCAGUGCACUGCGCUGCAGCAUCGCGCGCGCUGCCACUGCCCGCCCGGCACCGCAGGCGACCCAGCACGCUUUUGCUACACGCCUGAAUGUACGGCUGAUGAAAAUUGUCCGUUCGACAAGAGCUGCGUUAAUGGAUACUGUCAAGACCCUUGUACCCUCGGAUCACCAUGCGGACGCGAUGCUACUUGUGUCGCCGUUGCUCACGUUGCUACCUGUCGAUGCCCACCCGGAACGCAGGGUGACCCGCACGGUGCUUGCAUUUCUGUUGCAUGCCAUUAUAACGAAGACUGUGCUGAAAAUCAAAUCUGCAACCGACUUAACCACGUUUGUCAACUUGUGUGCACUGACGGCGCUUGUGCUGAAGGUGCUAUAUGUACAGCAAUCAAUCAGCAACCAAUGUGCAAAUGUCCACCUGGCACGUCUGGGGACGCGUACGUUCGCGGUUGCGGAACCACACAAGACACACCUGAAUGCUCUAAAGACAUCGAUUGCUCGGCGCCCCUGGCCUGUGUCAACUCACGAUGCAUUGACCUAUGCUUAAGCAACCCUUGUGAUGAAGGAUUAAUCUGCAAAACUGUAGAUAUUUUACCACUUCGGGCUGUCGCAUGUGUCUGUCCGGAAGGCGGGCGAGUAGCACCAAAUAACGGAUGCCGUUCACCACCUGUAUCUGAAUGCUCCACCGAUUCGGACUGCGCUAAUAACCAAACUUGUCGCCGUGGAAGCUGCGUCGAAGCUUGCAGAGCUGCUCCUUGUGGAUACAACGCGUUAUGUGAGUCAUCUGACCACGUAUCCCGCUGCUCAUGUCCACCAGGAUAUAUUGGAAACCCAAGAGUAGAGUGUAAUAGCGAACCAAAACAAACAGCGAUAUGGGAAUGUUACAAGAAUGACGAGUGUGGUUUAGAACAAGCAUGUGUUGAUCGUACUUGUGUGAAUCCAUGUACAGAUGCCUGUGGAAUCGGAGCACUGUGUCGUGUAAUCGAUCAUAUACCGCAGUGUUCCUGUGCUAGAGGAUUCAGCGGGGAUGCAAAUACGCGAUGCGUACCACCAUCAGAUAAGUCAGUAUUACCAUUAGGCUGCAAAGCAAACUCCGAGUGUCCACUAUCGCAGGCAUGUAUAAAUGGCGUAUGUGCAAAUCCAUGUGUCUGUGGUGAUAACGCAGAAUGUAACGUUGUUAGACAUCAUCCAGUUUGCUAUUGUGAACGUGGCUUUUCAGGAAAUCCUUAUGUCGGAUGCACAAAAGUGAGCUGCACUUCUGAUGCUGAAUGUUCAGACGAUAAUACUUGCUCCAAUGGAGCUUGCGUUAAUCCUUGUGUUAUCGAGGCACCAUGCGCCAUAAGUGCAGAAUGCUAUGGGCAAGCUCAUCGACCCAACUGCCGCUGUCCUAUUGGAACUUUCGGAAAUCCGUACGUUAAAUGUCAAUCAUCCGAAUGUGAAAUUGACGACGACUGCAAUGAUGAUAGUGUUUGCGAAAAAGGAGUUUGCCAUCAUGCUUGUUCCGUUGAAGGACGUAAUCCUUGCGCCAGCAACGCGGAAUGCUUUGCCCGUAAUCAUGCUGCAUCUUGUAAAUGUCCACCUUCAUUGCCACUUGGAAAUCCUUUAAUUUAUUGUCAGAAGAUCACGGUUAUAGGAGAGCCAGAAUGCCGUAUGGACGGUGAUUGUCCGAGCGGGCAUGCUUGUCUCAGGGAUGAAUGUCGAGAAGCUUGUUCAGAACUAAAGCCGUGCGUCGGCAAUUCUCGAUGCUCGGUAUCAGACAGCGUACCAUUCCGUACUUUAAUAUGCCGUUGUCCAGAGGGAUAUACACCUGAUGAAGGAGGCUCAUGCAAACCAGCGCAGUUACCAUCUCUUACUUGCUCAUCUGAUCAGGAUUGUAGCGAUAAUGAGUCAUGUGUAAACAGAAUCUGUCGAAAUCCAUGCAAUUGUGGUGAUAAUGCAGAAUGUUUCGUCCGAGAUCAUCGACCUGUUUGUUCUUGUCGCGAAGGAUUCGAUGGCAAUCCGUACCGCAUAUGUCGCAUCGUUGGCUGUCGAACCGAUUCAGAAUGUGCGUCACACCAAGCGUGUAUUAAUGGAAAUUGUGUUAGCCCGUGCUUAUUGAACAGCACAUGUGGAACAAAUGCUGAGUGCUAUGUAGAAAGAAAUCGUCCACUUUGCCGCUGUCUUUCAGGAUUCGAGGGUGACGCUUACAUAAAUUGUAACCUUAUUGAAUGUAGAUCCAAUGGUGAUUGCCCUCUAGAUAAGCAAUGUCAUGCUCAUAGAUGUAUCAACCCUUGUCUAUCAGAAAAUAUUUGCGGAUCGAAUGCCAUAUGCUUAGUAAGAAACCACAUUCCAGUUUGCAAAUGCGACCAAGGUUAUUUCGGUAGUCCUUAUAUUGAAUGCAGACGACAGAUUACAGCAGAAUGUUUUGUAGAUGCGGAUUGUCCAUCAAAACUUGCUUGUUUAUCGUCUAGAUGUGUCAAUCCUUGUACAGAAUUACAUCCAUGUGCAACACCAGCGACAUGCGAAGUCUCACCGACAUUACCAGUACGCACAAUGCUCUGCACUUGCCCAGUUGGAUACCUCAGCAGCGGCGGCGGCAUAUGCCGACCGGCAACAUUUGUUACCGAAAGCGUUUGCGUUAUGGACAGUAACUGUACCGCAAAUCAUGCUUGUAUCAAUUCAUUAUGUAAAAACCCCUGUGAAUGUGGACCAAACACUGACUGUAAAAUAAAAGAUCAUAAACCAGUGUGUGCCUGCCGCCAAGGCUUUAUUGGAGACCCACGAACAGGUUGCUAUGAGGUUACGUGCCGGGCUGAUAGCCAAUGCGCAGAUGAUGAGACAUGUAUUAAUUACCGCUGUAUUCCAGCUUGCUCUGUCGAUGCUAAUAUCUGUGGACAAUCAGCUGAAUGCUACGGCAUAGAACACCGCGCAUCCUGCCGCUGCAACGUCGGUACAGUCGGUAACCCGUCAAUUGCUUGCACGCCAAUAAGCUGUCGCGCCAACAGCGACUGCCCUUCAGAAAAAUCUUGUGUAAACUCUAAAUGCGUUGAACCUUGCUCAACUAUCACCUGCAAUGAGCCAGCAGAAUGUAGAGUACACCAGCAUGAAGUAUACUGCGUCUGUCCGCCUGGCUAUCAAAGUACAGACGACGGUUGUAUAAAAACGAUAAAUGCGCAGUGCGCGAGCGAUGUUGACUGUCCAUCGGGAUUGGCCUGCCUAAAUAGCACAUGCGUAAAUCCUUGUUUGAAAAUAGCACCGUGUGGUAAUAACGCUCAUUGUAAGGUGAUCAAUACACUACCUGUUAGGACUAUGAUAUGCGAAUGUAAACCAGGAUACAAAGGCAACGCUCUCAUCGAAUGUACACCAUACUUAACACCUACCACGAAAUGUAUAGAUGGUCAAGGAAUUGACAACAAUGGAGAUUGCAUGCCUUGUAAUGAAAAUGAAGGUCGAAUUAUAGACGCACGAGGACGUUGCGUAUGUAAUUGGGAUAAAGGUUUUACGCCUCGCGGUAACAUCUGCGUUGCAAUCGGCUGUCGUGCGGAUGAUCAGUGCGACGAACAAUCUCGAUGCAUUAACGGAGCCUGCGUAAACGCAUGUGAAGCUGAACCAUGCGGUCAGCACACUAUUUGCGAAGUGUUGGGUCACCGAUCUCGCUGUUCUUGCAUUCCUGGUUACAUCGGUAACCCAAGAGUUCAAUGCUAUAAUGCAACUACGACCCAAGAUAAUUAUCGCACGGACUUCCCACUUCCGGACAUGCAGGUUCAUUGCCUCGCGGACGGAGUACGAGUCAGUCUUAAAAUCAAGGACUUUAAUGGUGUGCUGUAUGUCAAAGGCUACAGUAAAGACGAACGUUGCAGACUUGUAGUUCAUACACCAGAAAAUCAAGAGAGCACUGUUGACUUUACGGUGCAUUUCGGCGAUUGUGGCUUGGUGCACGUAAACGGCCUGGCGAGCUUCGUACUGGUGAUGCAAAUACAUCCCACAUUAUUAACAUCUAACGCUAAGGCAUUCCACAUUAAAUGCAUCUACCAGACGGGCGAACAGAACGUCACCUUAGCUUUUAAUGUAUCCAUGUUGACCACUGCCGGCACAAUAGCCAAUACUGGACCACCACCAACAUGCUCUAUGCGAAUUGUAUCCCGAUCUGGCGAUGAAGUUAGCUCUGCCGAAAUUGGAGAGAACCUUGUCUUACAAGUUGACGUUCAACCAUCGAGUAUAUAUGGCGGAUUCGCACGUAGUUGUAUAGCGAAAACAAGUGAAAUAUCGACGAAUAUAGAAAACGAAUAUACCGUAACGGACGCGGAUGGUUGUGCUACUGAUGCUGCAAUCUUCGGGGAAUGGGAACGAAGCGAAGAUGGUAGUGCUCUACGAGCUGCUUUUAACGCUUUUAAGUUCCCCAGCAGCGAUAACAUACGAUUCCAAUGCAACAUACGUGUCUGCUUCGGUAAAUGCCAACCGGUGAACUGCCGUGGAUACGACGCUUUUGGAAAGCGUAGAAAACGAGAAGCCAUCGAUCCUAAAAAUAGCCUUUACGGCAACGAAGGGCAGUUUAGGGAGGAGGUGAUUGUCGAAUCGAACCCGAUAUUGACGCUGGAACGACGCGAUCCAUCGCGAGUGGCCCGGCAGCGCGACGCCGGCGCAGAGGCGACGGGCGGCGCGGCAGGCGGUGAAGUUUGCGUUUCCGCUGCCGGACUCGCCGUAGCGCUGGCGUUAACGGCACUGCUGGCCCUCGUGGCAGUGGCAGCGGCCGUGGCAUGUUGGCUAGUAGCGUGGCGAAGAGCACGCCCACCACCAGCCCCGCUACCGCAUCCGCCCGACUUCCCCAACCCGCUGUUCCAGCGCUGA